CGACAUCACAGAGCAUCAUGUUGCCACCACCCGUGAAUCUGAAUUGGCGAAGGAGCUGAGGAACAGCCCAUUUCCCCGCCUCUUCUAAAGGGCAGAGACUCACGAAGUUAGAAUCCUUCUUCCGCCCUGAAUCCUGCACUAUCCUGUGUGGAAGGCUGCUGUGGGUGAGUGGGUGGGUGGGUGCGGUUGGAUGUCAGCUCUUGGGGUCAAAACUCACGUUCGCCUGGUGGAAUUAGAAUCAUAACUUCCGCAACUUUCAUUCUCUCCCACAAAAUUCUGUACUGCUGAUGCCAGACCAAAGUCAUUUGCAUUUUAGAUUUUUUUAGGCGGGUGCAAGUUUAUACAUGCAACAGAUGCAAUCCUUUAGUUUAGCCCUUUUUUCUGUGGAUGUCUGACUAUAGAUUUGUUAUUAUCAAUUUUGUUAUAUGAACAUGUUUGAUCCCAGCUGUGUUUCUACUAAGAAUCUCCAAUUCUUAUAUUUCACUUUGUUUUUAAUCAGCCCUGCUUUAUGAGACUAGAUGCUGCCUCGUGUAUAUCUAGUAAUCUGUCAGGUUAAAAAGCCAUCCUAAAGUAUAAGAGUGAACGCUACUGUAGGUUGAAUGUACGCAGAAGUCAAUAUAUAUUAUGUGGUACAACCAAAGGAGCAGUUUGUAGAGGAUACACAGCACUCUGUAACUUGAUACUUUAGUUUUACUAUUGCAGGAAGUAUAGUUUCUAUAAGUUAGACCUAAAUUGAACACUACAAUUUUAUUUUUAUAUAUAUAUAUAUAUAUAUAUAUAUAUAUAUAUAUAUAUAUAUAUAUAUAUAUAUAUUUAUUAACACUAAAACAAUAUAACAGAAAAAUACAGGAACAUAUCUAAAAAUAUAUAUAUUUUAGAACAGUUUAACUGUUAAUGCAAUCAAACAUUCUACUAUGGUUAAAGUCCACCAGUUGUUCUCGUAUGAUUAACAUAGUUGGUUCAGUUAUGCUCUUAUAACCCAUUUCCAUUAAGUAAAGGAUAUUCCGGAUUUAUCGACAAUGCUUAAAGACAGAGAAACGGCAAAACAUUGUCUACAAGAUAAAUGCGUUUUACAUGCGUAAAGAAAUUCCUGUUCAUGUCAUGGGAUGAUAUUGGCAUUAAAGGAACACUAUAGUCACCUAAAUUACUUUAGCUAAAUAAAGCAGUUCUAGUGUAUAGAUCAUUCCCCUGCAAUUUCACUGCUCAAUUCACUGCCAUUUAGGAGUUAAAUCACUUUGUUUCUGUUUAUGCGGCCCUAGCCACACCUCCCCUGGCUAUGAUUGAAAGAGCCUGCAUGAAAAAAAAAAAUUGUUUUCACUUUCAAACAGAUGUAAUUUACCUUAAAUAAUUGUAUCUCAAUCUCUAAAUUGAACUUUAAUCACAUACAGGAGGCUCUUGCAGGGUCUAGCAAUCUAUUAACAUAGCAUUGGAUAAGAAAAUCGUAAUUAAACAGAACUUGCAAUAAAGAAAUCCUAAAUAGGGCUCUCUUUACAGGAAGUGUUUAUGGAAGGCUGUGCAAGUCACAUGCAGGGAGGAGUGACUAGGGUUCAUAAACAAAGGGAUUUAACUCCUAAAUGGCAGAGGAUUGAGCAGUGAGGCUGCAGGGGCAUAUUCUAUACACCAAAACUGCUUUAUUAAGCUAAAGUUGUUCAGGUGACUAUAGUGUCCCUUUAACAGGAAGCGAGAGAUGGAUAUAUUAUAAACAAGGAUGUCGAGCAGAAAUACCUUUGUUCUAAUAUGUGCUUCACAGCUGGUUAGGUUCAAAAUACCAAAAAAUAGUGGAUAGAUUCCUUUAUAGCUUUAGGUGACUGGAACUCCCAGUAAAGUAAAAAAAAUAAAUAAAUAAAAUAAAACAUUAAAGGGACUCUAUAGUCACCUGAACAACUUCAGCUUAAUGAGGUUGUUCAGGUGAGAACAAUAGCUCCCUGCAGCCUUUCUCAUGUAAACAUUGGAAGCUAGGAACACCCCCAGUGGCAGUCCCUCAGACGGCCACCAGAGGGACUUCGGAGUUCGUGAAUGCCUAAUUCGCGUUCAUCACGUUUGACGUCUUCACGCUUCACGGUGAAGACACCAAACGUGCUAUCAGGAGGCAAUGUCCAAGAGAGUGUAGCAAUAUGCUCUUAAAAGAGCAAGUGAUAAUAAUCCCAGGGGAGUAUAGUGAUAUAGCAAUCCCCAGAGUAGAUACAGCUAUUUCCCCCACACAUGAGACUCUUAUGUUGAGGGUAAGCAGGAACACAUUUAUUGGCAGCCACAACUGGCCUUAUAGACAGGUCCCCAUGCAAGGGGCACUCCCCCUGUACCUGAGAGUAGACUACAGUAAAAACAUACACACAAUUACAUUGGCUCUCAGGUACAGGACACGCCCACAUAAAACAAGUUAAUCCCUCCUCUGUGCCUGGGAGAUAAUUGAGUCAGGCACUGUACUAAACUCAAUCAUCUCUAGGCACAGAAAACAUACAUUUUUACAAAACCCCCAAAUAACUUUAAACACACAAAACCCCCACAAAAGUUACAUCCCUUUAUAGCCCCGAUCUGGCUGACCAACAUAUUUAAAAAAUCACCCAGAUCGGUUCAGAGGUUUGGGAAUUUCCUGGAAGUCAUAAUUUGAUCGACUGCAUGGUCCCAUGCACAAAACAGUUCCAGAGAAUCAGGGCGAUCUAGUUCGGUAGUUUAAAAACCGAACAAAUUACUGAACAUAGUCAAUGUUCUUACCCUGUAGCUUGUUCAUCUUAUUUGUGGGAACGUUUCCACCGAACAGUGCCCUUCUAAGUUGUAGAGAACCAAAUGCAGGCGAUCCUGGAAGUCCAGCGGUGUUCGGGAGUUUGUGUCCGAAAACAGUUCCAUGAACUCAACGGCCAAACACCGCUGCCUGCGUUCUUGGGAACAAGAUGGCCGUUCAUGCGAACACUUAGAACACUGCGGUGGAAAGUGUUGCAAACGGUCAAUUAGGCUUAAAAAGAUCCCGGGUUGUCUCUGGUUCGUGAAGUGGUUCUGGUGUCUAUAGCCGGUCCUUGCAGGCUUUUUAAUGUAAAUGACACCAGAAACCCAUGAACCAAGUCUGUUCACAUAGUUUUUAAAGGGCCCAUAGUCUGGCAAGCAGGCCCCUCCAAGAACACUUGACAGAGGCAUUUCUGCCACAGUCUUUUUUUACUUUUCCUCUUUCAACUAUCAAGUAGAUAGCUUUCCUAAUUUGGCAUCCUGAUGUGGGUUUUCCCUACUUAGGAUGCCAAAUUUGGGCACUUUUUAGUAGAUAACUCCCUAAUUUGAUACUUCACUGUGGAGUUCCCCAAUUUAGGAUACCAAAUAAGGGCUCUGUUUAGUAGAUGGUGUGAAAAGUGCUGCUCAUUGUGAAAACCGCAGCAUUUAUCAUCUUUAAGCACAUCAGUUUGCUUGCUUGGUUUUAUUAUUAGAUUUUUUUAAAAAGAAAAAUCUUUUAUACUGUUGUGCAGGACGUGAGAAGUGCAACACUCUGUGGCUUUGAAAACCACUCUAUCACCGUGGCAGCAUUUGUGAAACCCUGCACAAACCUUUUCUAAAUUAUUUUAUUGUUUUGUUUUUGGAACUUUGUUAAUGUGGUUGUGCAGGUUGUGAAAAGUGCUGCCCUCUGACUUUAAAAACCACUAAACUGUUGGGCAGCAAUUUUAAUGCCCUGAUGAAGAGUUUUUCCCUUUACUUAAAAAAAUUGGAGAACAUGGAAAAAUGGAGUCAAAUACAUGCACAUGCCUUUAUACAGAGGCAAAGGCAAGCCCAUACUUCAAAAAGAGGACACUACAAAUGAGAAUAAAAUUAGAGAUAAAAGUAUGCACUUGAUAUAUGAUUCCCUUUAAAAAUAAAACUUAUCACAUUGACAAUACUGUCAGAAUACAUACAAAAUGUACAUAUUUAUUUAAAUAUAACAAAGCUAUAAGUGACCACUAAAGCUGUAAAUCAACAAUGGUACUAUAUCAAAAUCAUCUGUGAGACAUUAAAGCACUAUAGGCACCCAGACCACUUCAGCUCAAUGAAGUGGUCUGGGUGCCAGGUCCCUCUAGUUUUAACCCUGCAGCUGUAAAUAUAGCAGUUUCAGAGAAACCGCUAUUUUUACACCAGGGUUAAUCCAGGCUCUAGUGGCUGUCUCACUGACAGCUGCUAGAGGACAUUCUGCGCUUCUCACUGUGAAAAUCACAGUGAGAAGACGCUGGACAUCCAUAGGAAAACAUUGAGUAAUGCUUUUCUUUGGGCGAUUUGAAUGUGUGCGCCGCUCUUGCAGUGCAUGCGCAUUCGGAUCUGACGUCGGCAGGAGGAGGAGAGUUCCCGGCGCUGGAGAAAGGUAAGUGACUGAAGGGGUUUUAACCCCUUCAGCCCAGCGGGAGUGGGACCCUGAGGGUGGGGGGGACCUAAAGACCCUAUAGUGCCAGGAAAACUGGUUUGUUUUCCUGGCACUAUAGUGGUCCUUUAUAAAUAAGCAUUUAAAAACAACUUGUCCUACAAAGGUAAAAAAGAAUCAGCAUGCAAAAUGUUGCGAAGUUAGCAAACAGUGUUGCGAGCUGCCAGAAAUAAAAAAAUACAGUAUAAGUUGGUAAAUGGGUAUCACCAUGAAAUAAGCUUAAAGGACCACUAUAGGCACCCAGACCACUUCAGCUUAAUUAAGUGGUCUGGGUGCCAGGUCCAGCUAGGGUUAACCCUUUAUUCUAUAAAUAAAGAAGUUUCAUAGAAACUGCUAUGUUUAUGUUAGGGUUAAUCCAGCCUCCAGUGGCUGUCUCUUGACAGCCGCUAGAGGCGCUUGCGUGCUUCUCACUAUGAAAAUCACAGUGAGAAGACGCCAGCGUCCAUAGGAAAGCAUGCGCAUUCAUCCGAAGAGGGAGGAGAGGAGGAGGAGAGCUCCCCGCCUGGUGCUGGAGAAAGAAGUAAGUUUAACCCCUUCCUCUCCAUCCAGCCCGGCGGGAGGUGCCCCCACCCUCAGGGCACUAUAGUGCCAGGAAUACGAGUGUUUUCCUGGCACUAUAGUGGUCCUUUAAGUUGGAUGUCCUCAAUAUGUGUAUACUGCGGUAUAUUUUGUUACUGCUUGCAGGCUUAUAAGAAGCUGGACAGGUCUGACAUAGGUACACACCACCAUGUGGCAGAAUGAGGCACAGACGUCUGUGGGUGUAAUAGAAUCUAAGACGGCAUUUAUGAUUGGAUCUGAUCAACUGAGAAUAUGUAGUUGAGCAAAAUAGAAACAGGCACUGCUGUCUGUCUCCCACCUGGGCUACUUUUCAACUGUUGUAGGUGUAAUAAAUCCCAGCUGAAUAAACAAGUUGAUUCCACAUUGUAGGGUUAUAAGCAGUAAAAAUAGUAAUAGCUCAGUUUAAUAACCGUAAAAAGAAUGGCCCAGUCUACACGUUUUGUCCAUGUCAUCGACUUUCUCAAGACCCAAUCAUUCUAAAGGCGACUUCCCUGGAAGUAUCCUUAUAAGAAACGAUUCAUCUCCCAAUUAAAGAGAAAUUAGGUUUCUUAAAGAAAAAUAGCCACAAGAGAAAAGAAAAUAUUAAAAGGAAACCAACAUACAAGGGAAGAAAGCUGAUCAUACAAGUGUACCAUAACAAGUAACAAUAUUAACAAAUUAAAAUCAAAGUGAAAGAACCAUAAUCAAUAUAUAUAUAAAUAUAUUACGUUUUAAAAAUAAUUACACUGAAAAAAUGGAAUCAAUAAUUUAGUAUUUCUUUAUUUCAUUGCUCUUAUUUUCACUUUCAUUAAAAAAUAGAUUUAAAAAGAAAACAAAAGACCCCUCAAAAAUCUUAUCAAAAAGUAGUUAAAUUGAGUUGCAAGACAUUAUAUUAUAUUAUAUAAUUCUUAAUGUAAUCCUUUAGUUAGGUUUUUAUGCCCAGCAAUCCCCUAAUUUUAUAUUGGGUACCAGAAUCCUCUUCCUCCACACCAUCAAUAAGUAGAACCUCCAAUCCUUUGGAGUCCAAAUUCUGCAUGUGCUAAAAGUGCCUAGAUAGGGAUGUGUGGUCUUAACACUUAUCACCGAACUUCUAUGUACCCUAAACCAGGACUUCAAGGGAUCUCAAUGUUUGUCCAACAUACUGAGUCACCCAAGGGCAUUUCAGCAAUUAUUCAACACAUGUACUUUCACAUGUAAAUCUUCAUUGUAUGUGGAAUUAAGAGCCAUUGCUUUGGGAAAUAAAUAUGAUACUGCCAUGUUUGUGAUAUUGGCAGGUUAUACAUCUGGUGUUUCCACAUUUAAAACGGCUCACAGGAUAAAUUGCAAUACUUCUUUCAUAUUUUAUUUACUGAGAUGCUCAUGUGGGUUGCAGUAUGUUGGGAAGGCCACCUAGCUAUUUUGCGCAAUGAUAGAAAAUCAUCUGUCACGUAUCAUUUUAGACUAGCGCAUAGCUGUGAUCCCAAAAGAUUACUGUUGAAGUGAUGCAUCUAGUGUUAUAAACAUUAUCUUUACUUAACCUAUUAAGGCCCAAACUUCUGGAAUAAAAGGGAAUCAUGACAUGAGUUAAACUAGGUCUUAAUCUCAUGGGCAGGGCCGGACUGGGAAAAAAAUUAGGCCCGGGCAUUUUUCAAUUAGAGCGGCUCCCCAAGAAGGGGGCGGGGCCAGAUAGGGUGUAUUUUGUCAUCACUAAUGACAAGAACGCCUCCUCUAAAAGUUAGCAUGUUGGUUCAAUGCGCAGAGCCCCCUGAAGAGCUCUAGCAUUAGAAAAAGGCCCUGUAUUUGUUCUGCACAGCGCAAGCAAAUGUAAUAACAUGCUUGUGCUGUGUUUGCUUUUAAAUUGUCUCUGGUGUCUCCACAAGUGGGAUACCAGAGGACAAAAGGGCCAGGAAAGUGUAUGUUGCAUGUGUUUGGCGCAUGCUUGUGGGAUUGCCUGUGUGUAGAGUGUGGUGUGGUAUUGUGUAAAUAGAUCCAUUUUGUGGUGUAAUAUGUGUGGCUAGGGGUUGUAGAGAGUGCUUGUAUAGGGGCAUAAUGUUAUAGGGUAUGUAGCGAGUGUGUGCAUACGGGCAGUAGUGUGUGUAUAGGUGACGUAGUGUGUGUAGGGGUUGUAGAAAGGGUGUGUUUAGAGAAUGUUGUAUAUGUUUGCUUACAAGGAAUGUAGUGUGUGUGUGUAGGUGGUGCAGUGUGUGUGUGUGUGUGUGUGUGUGUGUGUAAGAGAUCUAGUGUGUAAAGGACCCAGAGUGUGUACAGAAAAUUAUGUGUGUGUGUUUGUGUAGAGUGCAUAUAGGGUAAGGGAUCUAAUGUGUAUCUGGAGCAUAAUGUGUGUAGUGGUGCUGUAGUGUGUGUGUGUAUAUGUAUGUGUAUAUAUAUGUAUAUAUGUAUGUGUGUAUAUAUAUAUAUAUAUAUAUAUAUAUAUAUAUAUAUAUAUAUAUAUAUAUAUAUAUAUAUGUAUAUAUGUAUAUGUGUGUGUGUGUGGGAGUGAGGGUGCUGUCUGUCUGGGGGCGCUGUGUGUGUGUGUGUCUGGGGGCUGUUAGGGAAUUUAUUUUAAAUAUUUUUUUUUUUUAUUAAUAAAAUUAUGCCCCCUUCUUACCUUUUAGCCUGGGGAGUGCCUUGUUGCCAUGAGGGGGGGCAUGCUGACAUGGAGGGUGCUAUAUAACGUGUGUAUUCUUUAAUGGCAUAGCUAAUGCUUAUUUGUUAUUUUCACUCAGUAAUCUGGGUUGACACACCACAAUCUCCCUGCAACCUGGUCUAUCCAUACCCACGCGGCCUCUGGUGAUCAUGAAGGAGUGGUUUACUAACCAAUGUGACUUGGGGGUUUUGGCUAGGGCAGACCUGUGAGAGCUAUCCUACCUACCUCAUGAUGUGUGACCCUGGGGGUGAUGCAGUCGCUGUAGAUAGAGGAAAGACGAGACAGGGGGGAUAUGAUAGAAACAUUUAAAUAUAUAAAGGGAAUCAACACAGUAAAGGAGAAGACUAUAUUUAAAAGAAGAAAAACUACCACAACAGGAGGACAUAGUCUUAAAUUAGAUGGUCAAAGGUUUAAAAAUAAUAUCAGGAAGUAUUACUUUACUGAGAGGGUAGUGGAUGCAUGGAAUAGCCUUCCAGCUGAAGUGGUAGAGGUUAACACAGUAAAGGAGUUUAAGCAUGCGUGGGAUAGGCAUAAGGCUAUCCUAACUAUAAGAUAAGGCUAGGGACUAAUGAAAGUAUUUAGAAAAUUGGGCAGACUAGAUGGGCCGAAUGGUUCUUAUCUGCCGUCACAUUCUAUGUUUCUAUGUUUCUAGAUCAUAUGUGUCAGACAUUAGUGGUUUCACUUUUGGGUGGGUGGGGUGGCAUAAGUGCUCUGGGUCUGUACUCCAGGUUGUUAGGAUGGGGCCUCAGACCAAUGUUGUCAAUGCCCGUCCUGGAGAAGUCUGCUUGGGCAUAUCAGUUUGCCAUGUCAGCCCACACUUAAAUGUAGUGAUCAGUUCAUGCCUAUGCCAACAUCCCAUUCCCAGCAGUUGAUAGACACAGCAAUUUGAUGGGCGCAGCUGCCGGACUCUGUCGAUGUAUAAUGUGAUGUUCAAGAAUGUGGUAUCAGUAUCUCAUGCGCCAUUGAGUGGCUAUCUUAGGGUAGAAUAGACGUGGGAGUCCAUAGGUCCCAAGUCUCUUUCCAAAAAUGUUUGAGUGGUUUGGCUUUCCUGGCCAUGACUUCAUAUGGCUUUGCAGUAUUAACAAUCUGGGUGCAUGUUGUAAUAUUGGGGGUGUUAUUCUCCAACCAGGCUUUGCUAAUGGUGGUUAGGGCUGCUAUUAGAAUGUGGUAGAUCAAGUAUUGUUUGUAUUUUGGUAUAUCCUUUGGGAUGAGUUGCAAAUACACUGCUCAAAAAAAUAAAGGGAACACUUAAACAACACAAUGUAACUCCAAGUCAAUCACACUUAUGUGAAAUCAAACUAUCCACUUAUGAAGCAACAGGGAGUGGCAAUCAAUUUCACAUGCUGUUGUGCAAAUGGGAUAGACAACAGGUGGAAAUUAUACGCAAUUAGCAAGACACCCCCAAUAAAGGAGUGGUUCUGCAGGUGGUGACCACAGACCACUUCUCAGUUCCUAUGCUUCCUGGCUGAUGUUUUGGUCACUUUUGAAUGCUGGCGGUGCUUUCACUCUAGUGGUAGCAUGAGACGGAGACUACAACCCACACAAGUGGCUCAUGUAGUGCAGCUCAUCCAGGAUGGCACAUCAAUGCGAGCUGUGGCAAGAAGGUUUGCUGUGUCUGUCAGUGUAGUGUCCAGAGCAUGGAGGCGCUACCAGGAGACGUGGAGGAGGCCGUAGGAGGGCAACAACCCAGCAGCAGGACCGCUACCUCCGCCUUUGUGCAAGCAGGUUCACACUGAGCACAUGUGACAGACGUGACAGAGUCUGGAGACGCAGUGGAGAACGUUCUGCUGCCUGCAACAUCCUCCAGCAUGACCGGUUUGGCAGUGGAUCAGUAAUGGUGUGGGGUGGCAUUUCUUUGGGGGGCCGCACAGCCCUCCAUGUGCUCGCCAGAGGUAGCCUGACUGCCAUUAGGUACUGAGAUGAGAUCCUCAGACCCCUUGUGAGACCAUAUGCUGGUGCGGUUGGCCCUGGCUUCCUCCUAAUGCAAGACAAUGCUAGACCUCAUGUGGCUGGAGUGGGUCAGCAGUUCCUGCAAGACGAAGGCAUUGAUGCUAUGGACUGGCCCGCCCGUUCCCCAGAUCUGAAUCUAAUUGAGCACAUCUGGGACAUCAUGUCUUGCUCCAUCCACCAACAUCACGUUGCACCACAGACUGUCAAGGAGUUGGCAGAUGCUUUAGUCCAGGUCUGGGAGGAGAUCCCUCAGGAGACCAUCCGCCACCUCAUCAGGAGCAUGCAGAGGCAUUGUAGGGGGGUCAUACGGGCACGUGGAGGCCACACACACUACGGAGCCUCAUUUUUACUUGUUUUAAAGGACCACUAUAGGCACCCAGACCAUUUCAGCUUAAUGAUGUGGUCUGGGUGCCAGGUCCAGCUAAAUUUAACCCUUUUUUCAAUAAACAUAGCAGUUUCAGAGAAACUGUUAUGUUUAUGUUAGGGUUAAUCCAGCCUCUAGUGGCUGUCUCACUGACAGCCGCUAGAGGGCUUCCGCGUUUCUCACUGUGAAAAUCACAGUGAGAAGACGCUAGCGUCCAUAGGAAAGCAUUCUGGCUGAAUGCGCGCGCAGCUCUUGCCGCGCAUGUGCAUUCAGCUGAAGAGGAGGAGAGAAGGAGUAGAGCUCCCCACCCGGCGCUGGAGAAAGAGGUAAGUUUAACCCCUUCCUCUCCAUCCAGCCCGGCGGGAGGGGGACCUUGAGGGUGGGGGCACCCUCAGGGCACUAUAGUGCCAUGAAAAAGAGUAUGUUUUCCUGGCACUAUAGUGGUCCUUUAAGGACAUUACAUCAAACUUGGAUCAGCCUGUAGUGUGUUUUUUCCACAGUGUAACUCCAAAUCCAGACCUCCAUGGGUUGAAAAAUUUGAUUGCCGUUUUUUUAUUUUUAUGUGAUUUUGUUGUCAGCACAUUCAACUAUGUAAAGAACAAAGUAUUUCAGAAGAAUAUUUAAUUUAUUCAGAUCUAGGAUGUGUUGUUUUUGUGUUCCCUUUAUUUUUUUGAGCAGUGCAUAUUUCUGGGUCUUUUGGUACGUUUACCUGUGUAGAAUUCAAAAUUAGUGCUGCAACCUUGUCCCAAUAUGGUUUAAGCUUAAGGCACGUCCACCACAUAUGGUAUAUUGUGCAAGACUGCUUCAGGCAUCUCCAACAUGUGCUGGAUGAGUACAGUCCCAUAUGUUUCAAUCUGGCGGGCACAAGGUACCAGCGAUAUAGAUUUUUCCUGGAUAAUUUGAUGUGUGAUGUGCAUAAAGUGAACAUUUUGUUUGCCAGGAAAACUGUUCUCACAAGCAUUUACCCUUAAAUAGUGCUUUUUUUGAAUAAGAUUAUCCUCCAACAUCCAUAAAGCAAGCGUAUACUAGGGCAAGUGAGAUGAAGAGAAAUUACAUAAUACACCCAUCUGGGGUAGAGGAUACUGAUGUUUUUUCAGUCAGUGGUCACUCAGAUUUUUGGGCCUGUUGGCAGCAUCCUAGAGGGGAAUCAAAUCCAGGUGUCCUAUUAGUACUAGGAAUCUACUACAUAAUAAAGGUCCGAUAUGUGACAUGCUUCAAUUGUUGUUUUGAAGAUUUAUUUAUAUCCUUCAUAAGCAUUUUAAAACUUGAUUCCUGGCUUGGUUUUAGUAUUCUUCAAAGCCCUAGGGUUACUUUUAAAAGAAGUAGGAAUUUUUAAAAUAGUCUAAAUUAAUUAUAUUAAAAUUCCUAGACAGAUCUCGUGGUGUUAGUAAUAUUGGGAAUGUUCAUUGUGGAGGUACUCUUUGUCUUACAUGUCUCAUGGUUACAUAGCUGAAAAGAGACAUGUAUCCAUCAAGUUCAGCCUUUCUUACAUUUGUUUUUGCUGUUGAUCCAAAUGAAGGAAAAAAAAAAAGUUUGAAGCGCAUCCAAUUUUGCACUACACUAUGAAAAAACUUCUUCUUGACCCCAGAAUGGCAGUCAGAUAUCUCCUUGGAUCAAGAAGCGAUUACCCCACUAAUUAAAUAUUAUAUCCAUGUAUAUUUUGUUUUUGCAAGUAUUUAUUCAAUUGCGAUUCAAACAUCUGUAUAAACUCUGAUGAAACCACCUCUUCAGGCAGAGAAUUCUACAUCCUUGUUCUUACUAUAAAAACCCUUUCCUUUGCCUUAGACUCAAUCUUUCUUUUUCUUCUAGCCUACAUGUGUGACCUUGUGUCCCAAGUAUAGUUAUAUGUAUAAACAUAUUUCUAGAGAAUGGUUUGUAUUGGCCCCAAAUAUAUUUGUAUAAUGCUAUCAUAUCCCCUCUAAGGUGCCAUUUUUCCAAACUAAUUUAAACUUGUUUAUCUUUCUUCAACUAAAAUGCUCCAUUCCUUUGAUCAAUUUUGUAGUCUGCCUCUGUACUUUUGCUAGUGCCAUAAUAUCCUUCUUUAGAACAGGUCCCCAAAAUUGCAAAGCAUAUUCAAGGUGUAGUUUAAUUUGCCAUGGGAAUGUGGGCAUUGGACCUUUAGUAGAGGAUGCCAUGUGUGCUGUAGCCCACAGGAUAAAUGUUGGCAAAGCCAUCUAUCUAUUUUUCGCAAUAGAUUGAAAAUAAUCUGCCAUGUAUCAUUUUAGGCUAGAGCAUAGCUGUGAUCCCUCUUCCAUUUUGGUUAUGGGGAUUGAGUGGAACCCUCCAAAAGGGAUGUAGCUAAAAAAAAAAAAAAAGAGAGAACCUUGUAUGCUGCAGAAUCCAGUUGGAUCAUUAAAUUUAAAUAAAUACACUCAUUACCAAUGGCCUUAAAGAAGAUGAGAUGGAUAUAAUGUAUUUAUACCAGGGGUUCACAAUUAUUUUUUUCCCGUGGAACCCUUUAACACAGGGUUCCAACAUUGUGGAACCAACCCCCCUAAAAAAAUUUGUGCCGUGACACAAACCUUUUAAUUAGUGGAGUGUAAUGUUUUCCUUUCCGCCCCCCUUCCCCGCAAAUUUAGUUUUUUGGUAUAUAUACAAUUAAUUAUUUCUACAGAUAGUAAACAGAUUGUAGUACUUAGGAGCAAGUGUGCUUUUGUGUGUAGAGUUGGUGUUUGUAUGUAAUGUUUGCAUUUGCGUGUAGGGCGUGUGAUUGGAUGUAAUGUUAGCUUUUAAAUGCAUGUGUGUAAUAUUGAUAGAAAAACCACAGGUAUAGGCGCUCUCUAGAAUGUAUAAGUGGACGGCAGCAGUAAACCAGCAGGAUUUCCCAAUACCUGCUGUUAACCAGAAAGUGCAACAACAGAGUGGUGAACCGCGCCACAGGAUAGUAGAGGAUAAUUAAGUAUGAAUAACAAUAUAUACAUACAUACGGAGUAUCCCAGUAAUAAGGUAGUAAAUAUAAACCUUAAAAAGAUUAAAAUAGAGACAAUAAUAGUGCAGUAUACCAAUGCAAGGUAAUACAAAAGUGAAAUAUUGACGAAAACCAGUAGAAGGACCAACUCACACUUUUCAGAGUUGCUAAGAGCUCUGCUGUAUAGCGCCUGGAUGGUAUGAUCCCCGUCUAAGGAUAUAGGAGUGGUGGUGAUAUCUGGUUUCCAAGGCUCCACAGACUUAUAUAAAAUAAAAGCACAAAUAAAAUCCAAUAGUGUAAUAUGUAUAAAAAAUGUUAAAUAAAAGCAAAAUGUUAAAUAAAAGCAAUUUCCAGAGCACUACACUUGCUCUGGUGGUGAACGCUUGUGGUGGUAUAAUCCACACCAAGGGAUAUAAGCAGGAUCCAAGGUGCACAGGAAUAAGAGGUAGAUCAAGGCUGGAGACAAACUACAACUUUAUUGUUAAAAUAAAAAAUCUUGGAGGGGGCGUGGCCAACUCGGAGCAAGAUGGUCGCAUAGAAAUCUGCUCCGGCGACUGGGCAUCUAAUCUGAUGUAAUCUCAUCAUCCAAAGCUGCAUCCAGCAACCUACCACCGCGAUGUCACAACACAGGACCAAGAAGAGCUCUGUGAAGACUGAAAAACUGAAUUUUUUCAGCCAGAAAUCAGCUCCUGUAACUCCGGCGGACCAGGCCUCAACCGACAACGAGGACCCCGAACCGAAUUACAACAUGCAAAGCUCGCAAGCUGAGGUAUUGUUAAACAACCAACAGCUCACCAAAGCUGAUCUCUCAGCAGCCUUGGAGACACUAUCGAACAAACUAAUAACAACUUGGCAACACACAGCCGACUCAUUAAGGAAAGACAUACAAGAGUUGGGGAAACGAACAUCCAAUAUGGAGGACAAAUGUGAUGAAAUCGCUACGGCACACAAUGACCUCGCAACCACUGUGGAACAGCUAUCUGCUCAGCUAACCACUAUGGAAGAAAAACUAACGGACAUGGAAGACCGUUCGCGCAGGAACAACAUCCGCUUGAGGGGGGUUCCGGAAGAAAUCAGCAACGCAGACUUACCGGCAUAUGUUCGGGGGCUGUUAAAGGCGCAUGCACCAGAGAUCCCAACGGAAAUGCUGCUGGUGGACAGAGUGCACCGCAUCCCCAAGCCGCGACACCUGCCUCCGGCGACCCCAAGAGACAUACUAAUGAGGGCUCACUACUUCCAUAUAAAGGAGCACAUUCUCAGAAACAGCAAAACACGCGCCAAACCACCGGACGAAUACGCCACGGUCCGAAUCUAUGCAGACCUCUCGGCAGCCACGCUCCGGAGACGAAAAGAAUUUUCCCAAAUUACAGGUGCCCUGAGAGCGCACAAUAUCCGCUACAAAUGGGGCUUCCCCACAAAACUUCUUAUUACAAAAGACGGAACGACAACAGUAAUCCUAACCCCGGAGGACGGAACGAAGAGGCUGAGAACCUGGAAUGUACCACUAACACCUGACCCCCAGGAUAAGCCAACGAUCAGCGAACCGCUUCGGCCCGAAUGGACAAAAGUCCCGAAGAAACAUUAAACACCAGACGACAACUGGUUUACCGGCAAGACUAACGCAAGAAUCCAAAGCAGCUGGCCUCAAUGGUGACCAGACCACAUCGGAACAGCCCGACCCCUGAACGCCCAUGACGCAAAGACCUUUGGCGGCGACGCAGAGGGCCCCAUCACCAAGUAAGCAACUGGAUUCGGGGCUCCCGCCAUCCCUGUGACGAAGCACAGCAGAGCAGUGGAACCUUGCGGGGGACCCGGAUCUGGAACCGUAGAUUGGGACUUUUACCGAUACCGGUAAGACUGCCUACAUACUAACCAUCACACAUACUCGGGUGCACAGCCCAUGCAAAAACUUUUUUUUUGGCUAUCCGGGACUCAAUGACUCAGCCCUCCUACUAGACAAUGUUAUAAAGCAAAUCUAGCAGCCAUUUAUUGAACAGAACGGGGGGACUGGGGCUCUCGGGGGGCGGGAGGCAACGACAAGGUGGGCUACCAUAAUGGAAGGCUCCCAGGGUAACAGGAUCUCAUGGGCCCAGUAUGGGGGCCACAUUCUCCCGUUGGGGGUUGCACACCAACAGAACAGCUAGCACAGCGAGAAUUCAUGGGCAGAGAAACCCGGGUGACCAUAUCAUGCAGACCCUUACAUGACAACACACCAAGAAAGUGUUAACUGUCCCAGUGGACGCACCCUAACGCCCAUCAGAGACCUAUAGCAGUUAUUGCCCGCCCUAGCUACGAAAUUAUAACUAAGUCACACGAGAUGGAGAAAAGCCAAUUCCCAUGGUAUAGGGACUAGACCUAGCUGCUGCUGCCAAACCCCAUGAGUAACUUGCAGCAAACUAUAAGCAAAGCCCAAAGACCACGUAAUGGAGGCACCAGGAAACUCCAUCCCCCAAGGUGCGGAAAACUUGCACCCUGUCUCACAUCGAGACAUCAUGUACAUAGUUAACAUCCCCAUCCCCAGUUCUUACUCCUUCCAGUACCCCCUCUCCAGUUCGGUAAAACAAAUAGGGACAACACAGGCUGACAGAAACCUUAACCAAGCAAGUAUAAAAGGUAGCGCCGCAACACCGUAUAAUUACGUUAUUUUAGCUACUGCCUGUGAAGGGCCCACCGAGACUGCACUUCUCACCACAAUAACUUGGUACACAUAUUCAUCUAGCAAACUAUUUAUAACUAUACACAAAUGGUGAAAGUGCAAUCAAUCAACUCACGCGGGCUAAACACUCCACAUAAACGACGAUUAUUAUUGGAAGAGGCCCAAAGACACAAAACCGAUAUAUUAUGUAUACAAGAGACCCAUUUUGUGCAUAACAGAGUACCGACAUUCGCAACUAGAGACUUCCCAGUGCAAUACCACUCCACAUACUCAUCCAAAUCUAGAGGGGUCUCGGUACUUAUACACAAAUCUAUAACAUUUGAACUCUUACAAUUGAAAAAAGAUACACAAGGUAGGUUUGUCAUACUACACUGUAAAAUAAAUGAUACACAAUACAUCCUAGUUAGUGUCUACGGCCCAAAUGACAACCAAAGAAAUUUCUUGCAUAGGAUAUUGACAAAACUGCCAACCACGAUCCAUGUCCCUACAAUAAUCUGUGGAGAUAUUAACCACAUACUACAGCCCACAUUAGACUCUACCUUGCCAGUUACAUCCCCCAGAUACAAAACCUUAAGUAAACAAACAACCUCACUGACACGUCUAAUCUCAGAAUAUGGACUCUAUGACGUAUGGCGAACACAGCACCCGGAUAGCCGGGAAUUUACGUUUUACUCCUCAGUCCAUAACACUUACUCAAGAAUCGACUACAUUCUAGUGUCAGGAGACCUACUACCACAUGCCACCAGCAGCACCAUCGGCGAGAUAACAUGGUCAGACCAUGCAGGGAUAUGGUUAACACUCAAGGAUAAUUUUGCAUUCCGGGGGGCAACUCCCUGGCGCCUAAAUGACACACUUCUAAAUAACCCAGAAUAUAACCAGACACUAGACACGGAACUAAUGUCAUAUUUCACCCACAACACAGCACAAGAAAUAACGCCAGCAACCUUAUGGCUUGCACAUAAGGCAGUAAUCCGGGGGCAUCUUAUAAGUAGAGCAUCCCACCUUAAACACAAUUCAAACCGAGAAUACCUGACUCUACUCAGAUCCCUUAGGGAUGAAACAUCAGCCCAAAUUUCACAACCCUCCACUGAACGACAGCAGCGGAUACAGCAAAUACAAAAACAGAUCAACAACAUACACAUGUUGAAAACAGUUCAUAUCGCAAAUAAACUAAAACUCACUACUUACACACAAGCUAAUAAGGCUGGGAAAGCGCUGGCGUCGAUACUCAGGCAAAAGCAUCUGAACGCCAAAAUUCCCUUCCUCUUCAACGAGAAAGGAAACAAAAUUUUUAACCCGCAAGACAUAAACAACAUGAUGGCCGAUUAUUAUGAUACAUUAUAUAAUUUAAAGACAGACGGUGACACCCACCAACCUCUCCCAUCUAAUAUAGAUGAAUUUCUAUCGGGAAUGAGACUGCCUAGGCUGACCUCAGACAACAUUACCACUUUAGAAACACCCGUCACACUUAUCGAAAUACAACAAACGAUAAAGACACUCCCUAAAGGGAAAUCUCCAGGACCAGAUGGGUUUACAAACCUAUAUUAUAAGACCUUCUCACAUACGCUAGCACCCCACCUAGAGAAACUAUAUAAUCAUAUUUUAAGCACCGGAACCAUACCCCAAGAAAUGCUGAUAGCCCAUAUAUCCACCUUACCCAAACCCGGCAAACCUCCCCACAAAUGCCAAAACUUACGCCCAAUUUCACUAUUAAAUACAGAUCUAAAAAUACUAGCCAAGAUCUAUGCCACCAGAUUGGGGAACAUUCUACCAUCCUUAAUAAAGGACGACCAGGUGGGUUUUGUCAAAGGAAGACAAGGUUCUGACGGGACCAGGAAAUUAAUAAACUUUAUCCAUAAUAUUCAACAGACAAAGGAACCCAGUGUGGCCUUGUCACUGGAUGCGGAAAAGGCAUUUGACAGGCUGCACUGGGGGUACCUAGAGGCGGUUCUUCAAAAAUACAACUUCCCAAACCGCUUCUUGAAGCUAGUUUCUGCCCUGUAUGACAAACCAACGGCGAAAGUAAUCAAUGGAGGCUUUGUCUCCAAACAAUUUCAAAUCUCAAACGGCUCUAGGCAAGGCUGCCCGCUGUCCCCCCUUCUAUAUAUCCUAGCUUUAGAACCACUAGCACACACUAUCAGGGAAAACUGCAACAUAUCGGGGGUCACUGUGGGCAGCAGGACGCAUAAAAUCACAUUAUUUGCCGAUGAUGUGAUGCUUACCUUAACCAAACCCGAAACAUCCCUACCGGCACUACAAGCUGUAAUCCAAGAAUUCGGCAAUUGCUCAUAUUAUAAACUCAACGUUGCCAAAACCCAGGCCAUGAGCUUCAACAUCAGAAACCCAAGACUCUUAAACCUGCGAGCUACCUUUACAUAUGACUGGAGAAAGGACCACCUCACCUUCUUAGGAAUAGCUUUAACACAGCAUAUACACAAACUAUACCAUGCAAAUUAUGUGAAACUCCUUCGGGAAAUACAUACUCAACUGCAAAAUUGGAGAGGAAAAUAUGUGUCGUGGAUGGGUAGAAUAGCGGCGGCAAAAAUGAUGGUACUGCCCCGUUUACAAUACCUCUUCAGGACACUACAAAUUGAUCUCCCAAGGCAAUUCCUCACUAAGACCCAACAAGCCAUAAAUACGUUUAUAUGGGGGGGGAGAAAAGCCAGAAUCGCAGCAGACGCCCUAUAUAAACCUUUCAAAAAGGGAGGAAUGGGGGUGCCGGACGUUUCGCGAUACUAUCGAGCGGCCAUAGUAAGCACACUAGUACAAAUGCACCACCACAAAAAAUCACUAGCGUGGAAUCAAAUAGAAACGACGCAUACUGAGGGGCUACCACUACAUACACUAGCCUGGAUGCCAGCUGACAAAAGACCACACCACAAAACAAUAUGCCCAACAACAGCAACGACACUGAAAGUGUGGGAUAAAUUAGUUAAGAAACAACAGCCUCGAAUGAGGAUCUCCACAGCCUUCCAACUUCAGGCACUAACUAUCCUGAUUCCAGGAUUCGAAUAUAAAAUAUGGCACUCUCAUGGGGUAUUUUGCUUGUCGCAGGUUCUAGACAACGGACAUAUGAUAGACUACGACACACUACACAACAAGUAUAGUCUCACACCUGCCACCUUCUUCUCAUACCUACAACUGAAAUCGUGGGUACACAAACACUAUGAUAAUACACAAGCCCAAGGACACUUGCUCACAGAGAUAGAACGGCUAUGCUUAGCAACAAAACCCCCACAAAGGCUACUAUCAACCUUGUACAGUCUGAUCGGACCAAAUGACUAUUUAGAACAACUCAAAUGUAUUAAGGCAUGGGAAAGGGAACUUGGACAAACACUGACACCAGAAGAUUGGUCUAACACAUUAAAGGCCCACAAAACGCUGACACUAAACACGGCACAUAUUGAAAUCAGUAGGAAAAUACUAUAUCGUUGGUACAUGGUGCCAACUAAACUCCACAAAAUAGAUCACACAAAGAGAGACACCUGCUGGAGAUGUGGUGAAGCGCCAGGCAGUAUGGUACAUAUAUGGUGGGCAUGCCCGAAACUCAUUCCCUUCUGGUCCGAAAUAUCGGACAUACUAAAAAACAUCACAGGAGUAAAACUGCCACACACUCCUCUCUCCUUUCUGCUAUUAAUAUGGCCUGUAACACUGCAAAAGCCAGACGUAUAUAUUGCAUACCACAUUAUUAUUGCAGCCUUGACUGCCAUUAGUAGAAACUGGCUAAAACCCACACCUCCUAGUGUGCGACAAUGCAUAGAAAUGGUAGAAGUAACAAAAUCAUUUGAGAAGGCAGCAAGAGGUACACACACACCCAGAGGAUUCUGGAAAUUAGCGUGGAACAAAUGGGAAAUAUGGAACCAGCAAAACUGACACUCUCAUAACCCCUAAAAUUGAAUAAGACGCAAAUGGGGAAAAACAAAACCCUCCCUACUACUAUGAUAUACUACUACUAUGACAUAUUACUGUGAUCCACCAAUGGGACAUACCAUCGUGACAUAUUAGCAAGACAUACUUAUGCCCCUGAGCAGAAAGGUAUCCCUAUGAACUAAACCGAACCAAACCGAACUCGUCCCUUCCCCCCUUCCCCCCUACCCUACUCUUCCAGGUUUAUUACCCCUGUUGUUCGUCACCCCCCCCUAUGUUAAAGCGAACUUACCACAAACGUGCACGGAGGUCACCUAUCAAAAAACAAUAGCCACUGGGCCCAAUGAGGCACCUAUGACGCUCCUAUUAGACCAUGUUGAUAAGACGAAUUAUAGAUGUAAGAAACUAUAAUAUGUAACUGCUGAUAUCUAAUUGUGAAGUGUGACCUUGGAGAGCUUUGUAAUAAAACUUCCCCACUCCCCUUUUCUCUUCUGUAUCCCCACUGCAUCUAUGCUUCUGAAUGACAAAACAAUAAAAAUAUUAAACACAAAAAAAAAAAUAAAAAAAAAAAAAAUUCUUAAAUAUAAAAUCUGUAAUCAAAUUUAAAAGUCCAAACUUCUUGAUCCACUUUAUGCGUUUCGCCCAAAUAAGGGCUUCUUCAGAAGUGUAGAUAAUGGGAAGUGUCAGUUAAAAUCCUUAUAUAGGGUGUUAAUUAAUUCCAUUAUUCCGGUGUGUGCAUAUAUGUAAAUGAUGAAAAGGCAAUUCGUCUAUUCAGUGUAAUUUCCAUAUUUUGAAGCAAAAAAAAAAUAUUGUAACAUCUAGAUGAUUAUUUAAUAUGUAUGAUUGGUGCUUGAUUUCUGAUCUGCUAAUUUUCUAGUUUUACUUUCUUUGUACCGUGCAUAGGCGUGCGCACCGGCACACCCUAAUCAAGCCUCAAAAUUGAGUCUCUGUGCUGCAUUGCUAGGGAUUAGGAUUUUUCACAUUACCUGCUGUCUCCCUGCAGUCAGCCAGAACAGAACAGCCAGGGAAGUCGGCCGGCCCCUCCUGAUGAUGUCAAGAGGAGGGGGUGUGACUUCCACUGCUCUUCUCCCAGACUCCCCAGCAAUCCAUGUAAGGUACACGCUGUGCACGCCUGUGGUACCAUGUACAUUAUAUGGGGGUAAAUAAGACAUCUCAGAAUACCAUACACCCAUGUCUUGAUAAAGUCUUUUGAUGAGAGGAAACGCAUAGACUAUGGAUGUACAGACUGUGCUUACACAUGUUUGUGGGCUUUUCCCUUUAAUAUGAUAUUACUAUUUUGGAAAUUGAUGUGUUAUAUAAAUAUGGAUACUUUUGACACAAUGUAUUGUCAGUUGAGACAUUCUCAUAAGGUUAUAAAUGUGCAAUGAUUUUGAGUUAUUGGGACACUAUAGACACCCAAACCACUUUAUCUCAAUUCAGUUUUUCUGAAACUGCAAUGUUAACUUGCAGUGCUAAGGAGGACUUGGACACUGCACCUAGGCCACUUCAAAAAGAUGAAGUGGUCUGGGUGCCUAUAGUGUCCCUUUAAGUUUAGUUAUUUGGUUAUGUGCAUUGUUUGUUUUUCUUGAAUGCUGUUGUGUGGGAUCAGCAUUGUUACUAUGGAAUAGUUCUAUUCUGUUAGUAGUCAUGUUUUUUUUUCAUUAAUUUUGCCAAUUGCUGACUGCUUGCAUGAGCAUUGGAACACCACUUUAUAAGGGUGUGAUUACUUUUUUUUUGUCUAUGACAGCGCGAGUCUCCAUAUAAUAUGCGUCAGUUGGUGGUGGAUACUUGGAUUUUUGUCUUUUUGUUGGAAAAUAUUUUUAUACUGGAAUAAAUUAUUAAUUUCUACUUCAGACCUUUCUACUUCAGUUGAUUAUUUACUUUUAAUACUGUGGAGGUGGCAUACAAGUGUUUUUAAGUACACUACAGAACAAGCUCUCCGGUUACAGCAAUUAUGAGCUCAGCGGUCUCACUAAACCGUGCGUUUUCCUAUACAGUUAUAUUGCUAGCAGUUGAUUUCCAUAAUGGACCAACUGCAAUUUUUCUACUAUUUCCAUAAUGGACCAACUCAACGGUUUACGCAACCCUGUGGGAUUGUUUUAGAAAUACAAUACAAAUACUAUUGGGGUUUUGGACUUGCAGAUUUCAUUAAAUGGCCAGAAGGUAAAAUUAUGUUUGUACUCCAAACUCGCAGAUCAGCAUAAAUGCUUUUAGUACUCAUCCUCCUAAGCUGAAGAAGCUCUUACUUGUCUCACAGUUAAGGAUAAAAAAUAGCUUCUUCCAGCGUGGAUACAGUAUGCAGGCUCUCGACUGAGCACUGGGAAUAGCCCAAAUUGAAUUUUCAGUGGACAAAAAAGAAUCUAAGGUGCAAAGGACAGUAUUUCCACAAACAUGUAACAUCACAUCAGAUAGCUAGAGACCAUUGGUAAAUGUGCAGUAAGGACAAUAAAUUACUGGAAAUCUUUGCUCGCAUGCCACUUAUCAGCUAUAAACAGGGGAGAAGCUUUAGAGAUAUUUGUCCCACGCCGACCAGUUCAACCCCCAGACCUCCAUAUCCUAUUAAGUAAAAUCCUAGUUGCUGUUUGGGGCGCACUGCUUGCAACAUAAUAAAGGGCUCGACAAAUCCCAGGUCGCCAUAGCGUCUAGAAAUUUUGCCCUGGCAAAGACCACUUCAUCUCUUUAAGAUGGAUUUGAAGCAACUCGGGGCGUGGCCAACUGCAGAGAGGAGAAGUCGCAUGUAGUGAUCGCUCCGUGCUCUACCAGGCCCAAAGCGACAAAUGAGCUAACAAAAACCUGCUACAAGCUUGAAUAAUCAACGGGAAUAGAGCCCGGCCGUACCAUUGCACCCUCCAAGCAGACAAAACUUACCGAUCCGGUACGCCAAAGCAAAAAAGAUAAAGCAAGGUCGGCGCAAGAUGGCGACGGCCAUGCGGACCAACCGCCAUCACCAGAACGACUCGCGGACCCAGACAGUGAUCCGCAGAUACCAGAUGACGUGCCGGUCACUAGCAAGAGCCUUCACACAAUGCUGCAGGCCUUGAAGACCUCGCUCCGUUCCGAUCUCCGCCAACACACAAACAAGCUGAGAAAGGACAUUGCCGACAUAGGAGGCCGCACUAGACACAUGCAAACGAAAACGGAAGAGAUUUGUGCAGCACAUAAUGAUUUGGUCGAUAAACUGCAAAGCCUAGAAGAGGAACAAAAGUCCCUUAAACACAAAUUGGCAGACAUACAAGACCGGUCACGCCGCAACAAUCUGAGAUUCAGAGGCAUCAAUGACGCCGUCUCCACAUAGGCGCUCCCACAAUACCUCAAAGCCCUCUGCAAAAUUCUGGCCCCGCAAGUGGAAGACGCCGCCUGGGAGUUAGACCGCAUACACAGACUCCCAAGACCAGCCCGCUUUACAGCAGAUACCCCCAAAGACACAAUAGCCCGAUUCCACCACUACACCGCCAAGGAGCAACUACUAAACGCGGCAAGAAAACUUACCAAGCUGCCAGAACCGUAUCAGCACAUUCAAAUAUUCGCAGACCUCUCCGCGGCAACAAUGGCGAAGAGAAGAGAAUUUGUGAACGUGACCAAGACCUUACGGAACAACAACAUACCCUAUCGGUGGGGGUACCCCACGAAACUGCUGGUCUGGUACCGGGACAGAUCUGUACCAAUUUUGGAACCGGAGGCGGGCAUGGCAAUUAAAUUAAGAGUGGGGUCUACAUCAUGCUCAAGGGCAGACCAUUCCGGCUCACAACUCCCCUUCGAAGAUCAUGCCAGAGUGGAGGAUGGUGGGAGCUGCCACAGUCUCUCACACCCGGGACUAAAGUGAAUACCUACCUGGAGACCGCCAGCACUCCCGGCAUAUAAGUAUCUCUGACCGUUUUUGUAUGCUAUGUUAUGCGUUAAUGUGUUACCUAGAUGGGUUAGUAAAGCUGGUUCAAACGCAGGUUCUCAGACGUGACAGGGGCACAGAUACGGCACCUACAGACAUGUGUAAGGAAUAGCCGUUCACUCGCGAGCAUACCUGCAGAUCCACCCGGGACCGGUAAACAGUGUCCAAGUGGAUAGCACCAACUUAGUUAAUGUUAAACCCCCUUAACUGCAGGGUGCUAACUUCCAUGCCACCAUGUCAUGAGCCACACUGGUCCACGGCAAUACUGCAAAACCGCUUUGCACAGAACUCCGGUUCCCAAAAGUAACACAACCUAACCACAUUAACCCUACUUGUUAACUUGUAAAUGUUAUAUGUUACUGUUUCAUGUUUAUGCCUGCCGGGAUGCUGAACGACUCAUUAGGGGCUAAAUAUCAGCUAGGACGAGGAUGGGGGGGAUGUCACCACCCCAUACCAGCUGUCACUCACAGGGGACACUUCACAGAGCCCGACCUUCCCGCUAAGUCAGAGACCCUGGUCGCGACCUAGAUACCCACAGGGAAUCCCGCAAGUAGGCCCAGUGGGCCCACGCCUAAGUUAUAGGUCGAGAUCACGGCCCGAAACCCCCUCCUUCCACAAGAGAAAGCGGGCAGGGUGACUGGCCUCCCCUUAUCCUUAAAGGACCACUCUAGGCACCCAGACCACUUCAGCUUAAUGAAGUGGUCUGAGUGCCAGGUCCUUCUAGGGUUAACCCAUUUUUUCAUAAUUAUAGCAGUUUCAGAGAAACUGCUAUAAUUAUGAAUGGGUUAAGCCUUCCCCCUAAUCCUCUAGUGGCUGUCUCAUUGACAGUCACUAGAGGCGCUUGCGUGCUUCUCACUCUGAAAAUCACAGUGAGAGCACGCCAGCGUCCAUAGGAAAGCAUUGUAAAUGCUUUCCUAUGAGACCGGCUGAAUGCGCGCGCAGCUCUUGCCGCGCGUGCGCAUUCAGCCGGCGGGGCGUAACGGAGGUGGAGAGGAGGAGGAGAGCCCAGCGCUAGAAAAAGGUAAGGUUUUUUUUUUUACCCCUUUCCCCCUUCCAGAGCCGGGCGGGAGCGGGUCCCUGAGGGUGGGGGCACCCUCAGGGCACUAUAGUGCCAGGAAAACGAGUAUGUUUUCCUGGCACUAUAGUGGUCCUUUAAGGCAGUGACUAACAAGCUCUAUGGCGUUCUUUAAAAAAAAAAAAAAAAGAGGGCACGGAUUAAAUUAUAAGAGUGUAACGGAUCGCCUGGCACCCCGACUGGGUACCUCCGUUAAAGGAUGCUCCUAGCGCUUCCUGAGGGCUCCAAGCACUGCAGCAGACACCACAACCACCGAACUGGAGAAGCAUAUGAAUCCUCUCAAGCAUAUGAAUGCUGUAGACAGUUGAAUAGGAACCAUACGACUAGGUUUACACUCCUAGCAGUCGAACUGGAACAGCAUACAAUAAAUCCCCCCAAGAACGAGACAAGGCUCCGUGUUGAGGGUCAAGCAGUGAACAGUCAGAGCUGUGGGUUUAUUGUGCUUAUGUACACAUUCUUACACAUUAGUACCACCCACAGGGUUUUGGAACACAACCAAUAAACACAUACAAUACACUCAGACACUCCCACACAAAUUCCUCCCCUUUGCCUGUGAUUCAAUUACCUUACACAAUGGGUAAUGUAAUUUAGCACAAGCACAGAAAUACAAUUUUUCCACAUUAUUCAUAACUUGAAAAGUAUGCAUCACAUUCACAUAAAACUUACAUUUUCAGAAUCAGCAUACUCCAAAUACAAACAUACGUCAAAAUCAUACAAAUUGGUCAAGUGGUUCAAAAGAUAGAUCGUAGUCCUUUGUGACCACAGGAAGCAUGGCUUUUCUGCCCAAAACCAGUUCCACAGAGUCUUCUAUCCUGGAGAUAAUUAGAAGUAAUUCAAUUAUCUCCAUAGACAGAGGCAAAACUCCAUUGAACACAUGGCAGCAAAAAGACAGUAAAAUACACAAGAUUACAUUUAUGACAUAAAAUACAGACAUGCAACAUAUGCCCAGAUAGCUUAGGUCUGAGCGCACAUUAUUACUGAAUGGCGCUCAGAGCACACACAUACAGUUCAAUUGCCAUGGAGCCAAAGUCUUUCCCAUAGUCUUUCAUUAUACGAAUGGGCUCCAUGGCAUAGCUAUCUGGGGUAUCACUGCUCAAACAGGGCAAGCACCAAAUGACCCAGCUUUCUUGUCUUUGCAGGGGAAAAUCAAGCCUUUUAACAUGGGGCCAUAAUCCAAAGGCAACAGGCGAGCAACCAGGCUUCUCCAACGCAAUGUGGUGAGAUUGCUCUCGUCACAAAAAGCACUUAUCAGAUUCCCUUACAUUAGCAAUUCCCGCAAGAAUACCCCAGGGCCUUAAACUGGUGGAAGUUACUCCACGUCUCCCGUACCGAAGAAGAGUGAGGCCUUUCCACACACGGAUUCGGAAGAAAACUCUGCCCGAAGCAGAGGUGAUAUGUUCUCUCCCCAAGCUUCUCUGUUCUUCCCUAGUUCACUCCUCUCCUGCUCCCCCCUUAGACACAAUCCAAAACCGACACAAAUACACAACCAGUAUGGCGGACAAGUCCACCGUCCAAAAGCAAACAUCGCUACCACCACUAAAAGAGCCAAAGUCCCAUUUGCACUCAUUAGAACUAAAGCCCACACUUCCAAAUGACUCAACACACGUUUAAGAUCUUCUCCUUGAAUGUCAAAGGCCUGAAUAGCCCACACAAACUCAGCUUAGCAAUUAGAGACAUGCACAAAUCACAAGCAGCAGUGAUAUGCCUCCAAGAGACACACAUGUGUGUCCACAACCCCCCUAAGAUCCACACUAAGCGUUACCCCCAAGCCUUUCAUGCAUACUCCCCAAACAAAUCUAAAGGGGUCUCAAUUCUAUUCCACGCGGACUGGGUAUUCCAACCGAGCGCUACGCACGCAGACGCGGUGGGGCACCUCCAGAUAUUGGUGGGCACACUCAAUGGCAUCGAUAUAACCCUAGCAUCUUUAUAUGCCCCUAACGACGGCCAGGCUUCCUUCCUACAUAGAGAGCUUAAAAAAAAUAGAUUCAAUGAAACGUGGCCACGUUAUAAUUUGCGGGGACUUUAACUGCAGCCUAGACAUCAAACGUGUGAACAAUAAGAAACCUACACCCUCCGCAUACAACAAUAGCAAGUCCCUGUCCGAAAUAACGUUUGAACUAGACUUAUAUGACUCCUGGCGCAAUACAUACCCAACGGGCAGAGAUUACACGUACUUUUCACCAAUCCACUCAACUUACUCACGCAUCGACCUAAUACUGGUCGACAAACUAACCUUAUCAAAUAUAGCUGAAGUGGACAUAGGACUAAGGACAUGGUCAGACCAUGCCCCGAUAAUCGUCACCCUCAAUAGCAUAUACCCAGUCCGCGGGAGAGGAAAAUGGAGACUUAAUGAAAGUCUUCUAGACGACCCCACGGCGCUACAAACUAUCCUCGAGACCGCAACCAAUUACUUUAGGGAAAAUACGACCGAGGAAGUCUCCUUACAAUCCCAAUGGGCAGCACAUAAAACCGUGGUCAGGGGGGCACUGAUACAAAUUGGGUCCCGCAAAAAAAGGAAGCAUAACGAAGACACAGAAGCCGAAAAGGUGAAUAAACAAAACCCUUCCCCUAAACUAUCCAAAACCAUUGCCCGAUUACAGAGGAGCCUUAACGCCCUCUCAUUACAGUUAGUAGAGAGGAGAAUGAGAACUCUUAGGUUGACAUAUUACACACAAGGCAACAAAGCAGGUAAACUACUGGCCAAUAAACUGAAAACACAGCGCCUUCAGUCGAAAAUCCCAUACAUUGAAUCUCCGCACACUACCAAAUUAUAUAACCCCAAUGAUAUAGUGAACACGCUAGCUUCAUACUACUCCAAUCUAUACAACUUGAGAGACGACCCCACGGUGCCCCAACCGACACAUAUUUCCAUAGAAGAGUUCCUUCUCAACACCGAGCUCCCACAACUGACACAAGCACAAAGAGAGGCACUAGACAAACCAUUCUCAGAAGAAGAGGUCUCAACAGCUAUAGCGUCCCUCCCGAAACAUAAAGCCCCAGGACCAGACGGGUUCUCCAACUAUUACUACAUUAAGCUAAUAAAGACCCUGACACCUUUCCUCACCAUACUAUUCAACGACAUUAAAUCGAAAGGGACCAUGCCAAAAGAAAUGCUCGAAGUUUGUCACGCUCCCCAAACCGGGCAAAGCGCCCACCAAAUGUGAGAAUCUAAGGCCAAUCUCACUCCUCAAUGCGGAUGUCAAGCUCUACGCUAAGCUCCUCGCAUCCCGCGUGAAACCUCUCCUCACAGACUUGGUGUUGCUAGAGCAAGCAGGGUUCGUCCACGGGCGGCAAGCAGGGGAUAACACAAGACAUUGCAUGAACUUGAUUAGUUGGUCGGAGAAUAGCAAACAGAAGGGGGUGGUCCUGGGGCUCGACGCCGAAAAGGCGUUCAACUGGUUAAAUAGGAAAUUUCUAAAAGCCACCCUACAAAAAUGGGUUUCCCACGGCCAUUCUUGGGGGGUAUCAUGGCAUUGUAUGGUGCACCAUCUGCCAGGGUCUUUAAUACAGGUUUUUUUUAUCAAAACCAUUCACAAUCAGCAACGGAACGAGACAGGGGUGCCCUUUGUCACCCCUGCUCUUUAUCCUUUGUCUGGAGCCGCUCAUCCACCGCAUUAAACACCACACAGGGAUCUCGGAACUCACCACACCAGCGGGAAUUCAAAAACUAACCCUAUUCGCGGACGAUGUCCUACUCUUCCUCACACACCCAGACAAAUCCAUCCCGGCUCUGAUGACCCUGCUGAACCAAUAUGGUUGCACAUCAUAUUAUAAGAACAACACUAACAAAACCCAGGUGCUGCCUUUCGGUCUGUCCACCGCAACGGUGAGCAGGCUACAGUCCGAAUUCCCCUUCGACUGGAAGUCCACAUCCCUAAAAUAUCUGGGGGUCAAUUUAACCAUCUCUCCCUCCAGACUCACGCGCGAAAACCACCUACCUCUAACACAUAAACUGCAAACACUACUGGACAAAUGGCAACCACUUGAAAUUUCUUGGCUGGGGAGAGUGCAGACGAUCAAGAUGAUGGCGCUGCCACAUGUACUUUACCUAUUCCGCACCCUUCCCAUAGCAUUACCGGACUCACUCCUCAAUAAAUUCCAAUCCAUUUUCAAUUCCUACAUUUGAAAAAAAACAAAAAACCCAGAAUCACCCGCAGACUUACGUGGCUCUCUCCAAACAAAGGGGGUCUAGGGGCCCCUGAUAUAAAAGCUUACUACAAGGCAUCAGCGCUGGCUCAGGGACUAGAGGCCCUAACCCGCCCCAAACCGCCAGUGUGGUUGCCUCUGGAGAACGCGUGUCUACACCCAGCCACAAUAACCCAUAAAUUGUGGUCCGCCAAUGAAUCCACAAAGUCCCUCUCGUCGGGUCUGCCCACCACCAACUUUUUGUUGGCCAGUUGGAGGAGAUGGGCAGGGGACCUCAUGGGACAGGCUCAUCCUCUCUUCUUUGCCCCUCUCCUCCGACUACAGGACCUAAUCAGCGACCUCCCGCUGAGACCGUGGAUUACGAAAGGGAUCACUUCUGUGGAAGGCAUCAAACAGUUCCCUGAGCUACAAGCCGAAUUCGCUUUGCCCCCUAGGGAGAUUUUCACUUAUCUGCACAUCAAAUACACCCUGUCAUCGUUAAACAUACACCACUGCGAAGCAGAACAACUGACUGCAUUUGGGCGUCGGUGCAUCACCACCCAACACACGUGCAAACCUCUCUCCUUGAGCUAUUCAGCAAUUAAUGAUGUGGACAGGAUCAUUAAACACCCCUACAUGCUAAAAUGGGAGCGCGACUUGGAAGUUGCAUUCCCCCUUCCUAUGUGGUUACAGGCACUCCAAGUCACACAAGCUUCUUCACAUAACAUGUCCCACUGGGAGAGCUUCUGUAAACGUUGAUGCGAUGGUACCUAGUCCCCGCUUGUCUAGCCCAGAUAUACCCAACAGCUUCGCAGGCAUGCUGGCGGUGCGGAGACGGGGUGGGCACAUUGCUACAUAUUUUCUGGGGCUGCCCCAAAUUGACACAAUUUUGGCAACAGGUCAGAAAUUUGAUCAGGGAGGUUACAGAGGUCGCCAUACCUCUACACCCAGAAUGCUAUCUCCUACAUAUCCACGUUGGAAUACUGUCUUCCCCACAUAAAGUGGUCAUUUGCCACCUCCUUUUAUCUGCCAAGACCAGCAUAGCGAGUAGAUGGAAAAGCCUAGAUCCUCCUACUACUCAGGAGGUGAGAAACAGGGUUCACUCGACAUACGAGCACGAACGAUUAGCAUUCAGGUUGAAGGACCGAGAAGAUAAACACGCACGACUCUGGCUUGGUUGGAGCGCAGCACAUCCCCGUGGGUAAUGGGAUAUGGGGUGAAAGACAGGUCACCUAGGUGGACGGGCCCAAGCCGAGUGGUCAGCAUGCAAUGCUCUAACAUAUCUAGAAGGACGACCCAUAGGCGCCCAACAACUCCCUACAGACCAAUAUCCACCGAGACAGAACAGGGCCCCUCGACGCUCUUGCUGACGGGCUCACCUCACCCCACCCCACCCCUCUAGCAACUUAGGUCUAAAAGAGUGUUCUUACCCGUGGUCCACUAGACUACAGUUGCUUCCGUACAUGAAAGACAGUGUGUAUUGCCAGCCAUGCUCUUUGUAUGAAAAAGUGCUAAUGAUUGUGUCGAUACAAUGUUCCCCUUUCCCUUUUUUUUUCCCUUUCUGUAUCCCUCUAUUAUGUCUGUCAGUUAAUUGGUAUACAACGAAAAAACUAAUAAACAUAAGACAUUGAAGAAAAAAAAGACGGAUUUGAAGAAAAAUAAAAAUCCCAACUUUUGUGUGUGUGUGUGUAUGUUUCUGUCUGUCAGUGUGUGUGUGUGUGUCUGUCAGUGCGUGUGUGUCUGUCUGUCAGAUGGUGUGUGUCAGAGGGUGUAUGUGUCUGUCAGAGGGUGUGUGAGUUUUGUGUCUGUUUAGACACCUUUUUUCCCAUGCUGUGUCUGUUUUGCCGUGGCUGGUCAGUCAUAAUGAUCUCAUGUAAGGGAGAAUAUUGCGCAUGUGCACCAAAACAAUGUACCAGUUAUCUCCUCAUAGAGAUGCAGUGAAUCAAUGCGUCUCUAUGGGGAGCAUUCAUCUGCCUUUGAAAAGGCAUUGUUUACAUUGAAAGUUCUGCAGGUAUAGGUUAUAGACACCAGAACUAACUACAUUAGGCUGUAAUGGUUCUGGUGUCUAUAUUGUACCUUAUGAAUUGCAUUUUUCUUAUUGAAAAUUAAACUUCAAUGUUGUUUUAAAAAAACUGGCUCCUAACUUUUUUAGCUGGCUCCUAGAUUCUAAACAAAUUUGUCAAGCCCUGACAUAAUAUACCUGUCAUGACCAUCACCAUUUUAGCAAACCUUACCAAAUAUACACUGGAUGAAAAAAAUUGGUGAUUACCAGAUGCUGUGCCCAUGUGGUCUGACCUAUAUUGAUAAGACCAAUAAUAAUUUAUAGGAACAAAUAUGUGUCCAUCAAUCAUCUAUAUAUAAUUAAGUGAAUGACUUUAUCAACACAUUGGUGACAAAACAUGUUCAUGAGUUUGGCCAUACCUAGUCAUUUUAUGUAUUAAUCAUGCCUCCAAAUAAUUUUUAAAUUUACACCAUAGGUACUCUUUGUCUGAGUGGUCUUAAAAGAAAAAAGAAAUGUUUGCAUUGUUUCCUUAAUGAAUGAUAAAUAUUGUUUUGUUUUCUUUUAAUAUAUAUGAAUAUGGACAUUCUGAUUACAUGGUAGUUAACAUUAGCCAGGGUUUGAUUUUUCUGCUUUAUAAAAUGAAUAAAAUAAUUGCCUUAAAGAAAUGCUUUAUAAUAAAUGCUUUUACCAUUACAUCUAGUGCUAUGAUCUACUUGAGUAGUCUGGAGAUGCAGCUAAUUUGUCUCUACAUUGUUUCCUCACAUGUAUUCUUGCAGUAUAUUUUUGGAACUUAAAGCUUUAUAUCUGUACACUUAUAUUUUAAUACACUUUUGCUUUCAGAUGCUACAAUGUGUGUGUAUGUAUGUGUAUGCAUGUGUACAGUGGCGUACACACUACCCAUGGGGCCACAGUGCAAAACUGAUCCAUGGGGGCCUCUUCCUCUCACCCUAUUUCCCCCUUCUUCCCCCCCCCCCGACAGACAGACACACAGACAGACAGACAGACAGACAGACACACACAUACAGACAGACAUACACACAUGCAUACAGUCACAGACAGACAGGCACACAUACAUAUAGACAGACAGACACACACACGACACACAUACAUACAAAGACACAUAAUACAUACAUACAAACAGAUAGACAGACAGGCACACAUACAUACAAACAAACACACAUAUAUACAAAAUGUUUAAGUCAACCUCUUGUUUCCUACCUUUUAGGUGCAGGAGGGUGACUUUCCCUGGGGUCCAGUGGUGGCUCAGGUUGAUAUGAGUCAGAGUUCCCAUCCUGACUCCCUCCUAUGCUUCCUCCCACGCGGCCUCUGUGUAUGCUGGCAGGGCCGGCCUUAGGCAAUUAGGCGCCCUGUGCAAAAAGUCUUCACGGCGCCCCCCCCACCUCCCACCAAGUUGCCUGAAUACAGUAACACACACAGGCACCGGGGACGUGUGUAUCACGAGGCAAACAAGGCAUCUGCCUUGGGCGCCACUUUGCAGGAGGCGGCAAAAAAAAGCAUCCCUCCAAACCCCCAGGCAGAUCCCUUGCUUGCCUCGCAUCCUGGGGGGCUCAAGAGCUGACCGGCUGGCCACUUUUGAGCCCCCCCAAGGCUGGCAGCGGGCAGCGAAGGAGCAUACUCACCUGGGCUCUUCCUGCUCAGCUUCCUCUGCGCCGCUUAAUGAAGCCGGGAGCCAGAAUAUGACGUCAGUCCGGCUCCCGGCAUCACUAAGCGCUGCUUACUCAGCCUGUGCGCCCCCUGCCUGCCUGCCCAGCAGCCACACUGGACUGCUGGUAAGAAAUCCACUCCAGCUUUCCCAGGGAGGCUGGGUGGAUUUAAAAUAAAUGUAAAAAUAUUAGUUUGUGAGUGUUAGUGGAAAUGUCUGUGUGUGUGUCUGUGAGUGUUUAUUUUGAAGUGAAUGUGUGUGUGUGUGUGUGUCUGUAAGUGUGUAAUUGUGUGUGUCUGUAAGUGAAUGUGUGUGUGUCUGUGAGUGAAUGUGUGUGUUGGUCAGUGAGUGUAUAUGUGUCAGUCGGUGAGUGUGUAUGUGUCAGUCAGUGAGUGUGUAUGUGUCGUCAGUGAGUGUGUAUGUGUCGUCAGUGAGUGUGUGUCGGUCAGUGAGUGUGUAGGUCAGUGAGUGUGUAUGUGUCGUCAGUGAGUGUGUGUCGGUCAGUGAGUGUGUGUCAGUCAGUGUGUAUGUGUCGGUCAGUGGAGUCGUGCAUCUUUCAGUGAGUGCUUGCGUCUGUCAGUGAGAGUGUGCAUCUGUCAGUGUGUGUCCAAGUAAUAGUGUAUGUGUGUAUGUCAUUGUUUGUCAGUGUGUAUGAGAGUGUGUGUCUGUCAGUGAGUGUGCGUCUGUCAGUGAGUGAGCGUCUGUCAGUCAAAGUGCGGCCUUGACAGGAAGGGGUGGGGGAAAUUUAAACUCGGUUACAGGCAUGUACACACACUCAGUUAAAGGCAGUCACACAUACAGGCACAGGCACAAACAAUGGCACAGCGACACACACAGACAGACAGUCACAUAGGCAGUCACACACACAGACAGACACACAGUAACACACACAUAGACAGUUAUACACACACAGGCAGGCAGUCACACAGAUAGAAAGUCACACACACAGACAGAUAGUUACAGACAGACACACACAGGCAGGCAGUCACACACACAGGCAGUCACACACACAGACAGUCACACACAGACAGUCACACACAGGCAGGCAGUCACACACACACAGAGACAGUCACACACACACACAGAGACAGACAGUCACACACACACACACACACAAGGACAGGCAGUCACACAGACAGUCACACGCACACAGGCAGGCAGUCACACAGACAGACAGUCACACACACACACAGACAGACAGUCACACAAACAGGCAAACAGUCACACACACACACUUACCUCUUUCCGGUGGAUGCAGUUGGCUGAUGGGGAAGCAUCUUUCCCUCUUCCUGUACAGCAGGGGCUUCGGGAGGUAUUAGCCCCGUCUCCGCCUCUCGAUAAGCCCCGCCUCCGCCGCUCGGUAAACCCCGCCCCCUCUGCCGCGAUUUUUUUUAAUAGACCGGGUGGAGAAUAAUUAAUCCUCCAGCCAGGUACCUCUUUUAGCUCCCCUGCACUCCGGCCAUGAGUGAGCUGUGUCGGCCACAGGGCGCCCCCUGUUCCAUGGCGCCCUGUGCGGUCGCACAGCUCGCACACCCCUAAGGCCGGCCCUGUAUGCUGGGAGGAGUGACUGGGGCAGUCACUUCCUCCCAGCGUGUGAUCUCAUCACAGGGGGCCUGGUCGCACUGUUAAGGCAUCGCUGCGUUGACCGGGCCCCUUGAAAAUCCAUCUCCGUCGGGUGGCCCUAACAGCAUGGGCCACCCAAUGGACCCCUUGAACGGCGGCCCUGGCAAAACAUGGUGGAUUGUAUCUGGUCGCAGGGGUCCGCAGAGCCUGGAGUGACUGGCCCGGUCGCAGCUGCAACUCCUGCAACCCCUAUAUGUACCCCACUGCAUGUGUGUGUAUAUAUAAUUAGAUAUAUAUUUGUUGUUGUUUAAUUGCCUUCGGGAAGGUUCUUUUCAUUUGCUUUCACGUAUCCUAGUGGUGCCGUUUAUUCCGUUGGCAUUUUAACCCAUGUCACUCAUUCAUAUCUGAUGUUUGAUCACCAGGGUAUACCUGGAUAUUGCAUGUGUUCUAAUACAUCACUUACUUUAUCAUAUUAUCACAGCUACUUUCACACAUUAUUCUGAACCUCGUUUUGGUUCUUUCCUAUCUAUUUAAAUGUAGCUUGGUUAUUGGCACAGUUAUCUUGGGGAAAAAAGUCCCUGAAUUGGGCGGAAACAUUGAUGCUCUGCGUGUUUACCUGCUGUUACAUGAUGAUUUUUGAUUGCCACAUUCUUAGGACUCACAACUUAUUCUACCAAUGUCAGUGCAAGUAUGUCAGUAUUGUCAAAACCCUACUAUUUAUGUAAAAACAUAUGUACGUGAUUGAAAGUGAUAGGCUUGAGUGUUUUCUAAAUCAGUAAAUAUGGCAUCCGGAAUUACGCCAAAUACGCAACGAGUAUCAGAGUCAGAAUCAGAGUUGGGCAAAACGAGUUCUAUGUAGUUUAUUUGUUGAAAAUUUACAACCAUUUUAUAUAAAACUUAAUGACAUAACUUUUCCUUUACAGAUAGUGAACUCCCUUACCAUGGCAUCUGGUGGCAGGGAUGAGCCAGAUGAAAGAGCUAAUCGUGUUGAAGGUAAAUCAUCUUGGACAUGACAUGAACGUUAGAAUCUAUUUUCCUAGCACACACUUGAAUGCAAAAUUUAAUCAUAGGAUUAUUAAAUAAGUUGAACUAGGAGAACCAUAUUUUUAAUUAGUCCAUAACACGUAUUAUGUUAGCUGAUAAGCUCCCUUAAACUUUUAACAUUACAAUGUGUAUUGUGCAGCUCCAGAUUCCACACAUUGGGCCUAUGAUUAUUGGUAUACCUUGUUAACUUCUGUAUGAUGUCAUAUAUAUAUAUAUAUAUAUAUAUAUAUAUAUAUAUUCAAAAUAUUCAAAAUAUCCCCUGCACUCACGCUUACAAUAAGGUCCAAAACCGGGCGCUCCACCAGAGCUCCAAGGCAUGUAGUAGACAAUCAACAAGGAAGGCUGCUCUCCGGAUUUAAAAUAAAAAAAUGUAUUCAAACAUAUUUAAAAACCUACGACCAACGUUUCGGUCCCCGCUCGGGACCUUCCUCAGGGUCACUGUUCUGUCGUUCUGUUUUUUGACCCUGAGGAAGGUCCCGAGCGGGGACCGAAACGUUGGUCGUAGGUUUUUAAAUAUGUUUGAAUAAAUUUUUUUAUUUUAAAUCCGGAGAGCAGCCUUCCUUGUUGAUUAUUGUUAUAUAUAUAUAUAUAUAUAUAUAUACACUCCCACAUAUGGUGUACAUUACUGUACAAAUAUAUAAAUAAAUUUUUACUAUCCAUGACCAGUAAUUUACCAGUUUUCCAUUAGUAACCAAACACUGAACUAUUGGUCUGAAUUGUUACAUUCAUUGUGUUUAGUGUGUACCACACUUAUAAAUAAUAAUGCGUCACUAUUUGGUCAAGUCCUUGUACUCUAUAGUAGUAACACUUUGAACAUGUACAAACAGACCUCUAAUUCUCAAAUCAUUGUGUAUUGGUUAAGCAGUGCCCCUGUAUACAAGAAGGAUAUCCUUGAUGAGAAGUUACUCAACAUUAGAGGAAGGGUCCAUUUCCAAUGCAUACCCAGGAUCCAAAAAUGGUGAACAGCCUUGCAUUUUACCCAGAGACAAAUAGCUGUCAAUUGACAGGUAAUAGAAAAAAAUAAAUGCAACUAAACCUUUAAAACAAUGAGGAGAGAGGAAAUAAGCAAGUUAUAAUUCACACAUUAAAUUAAUACUAAUUUUUAUAUUCUACUUUAUAUUAUGUUGACUUCUACUUGGCUUUGGCUGAUCUGUGUCAUCUUUUUUACCUUAUGCCAUUAUGCCCUCUUAACUACGCUUUUCUUCAAAAAUUUACACCAACAUCAUCAACACGUGGUUUAAUGCACUCUGGUUUGGUUUGGUUUGGUUUUGAUUUGCUUUUUUUUUUCUCACAGAGGAGGAGCUGAGGAAUGAAACAGAAAUAGUUUUCAUGAGUUAUUCAUUUCAUUUGUCUGGAAUUGAAAGUAAUGAAAAUGAAGAUACUGUCCCCAUACAAAGAGAAACCAUGGAGGCCACACAACUAAACAGGUAACAAGUGAUAAUCACGUAAGGGACAAUUAAAAGAUACCAGCCAUGCAUGAGCACUUGAAUUAAAUAUAAUAUAUAACUGUUUUUAUAUAACAACAUGAGGUGUGCUGUAAAAGUGUAAAAAAAUAAAUAAAGUUGUGCUCAAAAGUUUGCAUAUCCCAGCACAAAUUAUGAAAGUUUGGCAUUGAUUUUGAAAAUGUGACUGAUCAUGCAAUAAAUUAAUUUUAUUAAAGCUUAAUGAUCAUAUGAAGCCAUUUAUUAUCACAUUGUUUGGCUCCUUUUCAGGGCCGGCCUUAGGCCAUUAGGAGCCCUGGGCGAAAAAUCUUCACAGCACCAUCCCCUUCCCCCCUUCAUCAUGUAUAGAGUGUGUUUAGGGGUGUAGUGUUUCUAUGGGGAAUUACAUUAUUUCAAAACAAAUAUUAAUUCCUCCUUCCCCUGGGAAUCUGUCACACACACACAAAUAAUUAUAGGCACAGUCACACACACGCAGACAUUGUUACAGGCAGAGAGAUACACAUACACAGUUGCAGGCAGUCACACAAACAUACCAUUACAAUUAGACAGUCACACACACAUAGUUAGACAGUCUCACACACACCGUUACAGAUAUAUACAUACACACACACACACACACACACACACACAGUUACAGGCAGACAUUGACACACACAUACACAGUUACAGGCAGACCGUAACACACACACACCGUUACAGGCAGUCUCCACAAUGUUACAUCCAGUCACACACUUAAAUACAGUUACACACACAGAUACAGACUAUCACACCCACUUACAGACACACACAUUACUGGCAGUCUCACACACACACACUGCUACAAACAGUCACACACACACACACACUCACACAUACAAUUAGUUACAGGCAGUCAUACACACAUACACAGUUAGACAGUCACACACAUACCGUUACAGUUAGACCAUCACACACACAUACACAGUUAGACAGUCUCACACACACACACACAGUUACAGGCAGACAUUGACACACACACACACAGUUACAGGCAGUCACCCACAAUGUUACAUCCAGUCACACACACAAAGGCAGUGUGUGUGACUGUAUGUGUGUUACAAACAGUCACACACACAUACAGUUACAUACAGUCUCACACACACACAGUUACAGGCAGUCACACACACAUACAAACUUACAUCUUGCCACUAUGGGCUGGAAUGAGGAGGAAACAGCAGUUCCCGGUACCUGAUAGUUGAUGAAGCAGGGGAUGCUUCCCACUUCUUGUGCAGAGGUUAAGGGCAGCUUCUAGCCCAGCCCCUGCUGCCCUUAUAGGGGCCUCUGUACAGCAUUAUGCUUUGCCCCACCGCUUGUGAAGCUCCGCCCUGCUGCCUUCUUAUGUUUUUUUUUUUUUUUUCCCCCGGGUGUCCCAGGUAGAGAAUAAUAAAAUUCUCCACCCAGGUGAGCAGACCUGCUCUAUACAUGCCCUCACUCCUGUCACCUGGGGCAUGUGCGAGCUAUGUCAGCAGCAUGGUGCCCCCUGCAGGCAUGGUGCCCUGUGCUGCCACACAGAUCGCACACCCCUAAGGCCGGCCCUGCUCCUUUUUAAAUCUUAAUGAUAACAUAAUGAUAAAAUAAAUCACCCAAAUGGCCCUGAUAAGACGUUUAUAUAGCCUUGAAAGUUUGGCCUUGUUACAGACACACAAGGUGACACACACAGGUUAAAAUGGCAAUUAAAGGUUAAUUCCUCAUACCUGUGGCUUUUUGAUUUGCAAUUAGUGUCUGCAUGUAAACCGUCAAUGAGUUUGUUAGCUCUCACAUGGAUGCACUGAGCAGGCUAGAUACUGAGCCAUGGGGAGCAGAAAAGAACUGUCAAAAGACCUGCGUAACAAGGUAAUGAAACUUUGUAAAGAUGGAAAAGGAUAUACAAAGAUAUCCAAAACCUUAAAUGCCAGUCAGUACUGUUAAAUCACUUAUUUAGAAGUGGAAAAUUCAAGGAUCUUUUAAUACCAAGCCAAGGUCAGGAAGACCAAGAAAUAAUUCAGCCACAAUUGCCAGAAGUAUUGUUUGGGAUACAAAUAAAAACCCACAGACAACCUCAGGAGAAAUACAGGCUGCUCUGGAAAAAGAUGGUGUGGUUGUUUCAAGGAGCACAAUACGACGAUACUUGUACAAAAAUUAGCUGCAUGGUCGAGUUGCCAGAAAGAAGCCUCUACCGCACCAAUGCCACAACAAAGUCUGGGUACAAUAUGCUUGACAACACCCUGACAUGCCUCACAGCUUCUGGCACACUGUAAGUUGGAGUAACUAGAACAAAAUAGAGCUCUAUGGACACAACCAUAAGCGCUAUGUUUGGAGAGGGGUCAACAAGGCAUACAGUGAAAAGAAUACCAUCCCCACUGUGAAGCAUGGUGGCGGCUCACUGACUUUUUGGAGGUGUGUGAGCGCUAAAGGCACAGGGGAUCUAGUAAAAAUUGAUUGUGCCAUUCUGUUAUAACCUACAACCUACCUUCCCUGCUCACUCAUGUUUAGUUUAAAAAUAGUAAAUAUAUUCAACAAGAGUAUGCAAACUCUUGUGUACAAUUGUAUACUGUGCCCUUAAGUUGCAGCAAAAUGUGACACAAGGUGCACAAUACUUUUAAACUGCAAAACAACCAACAAAUACAGUGUAUUUAAACUACAUAGAACAACAGUGUCAAGUAUAUAAAAAUAUUUUAAGUGCACUAUCUAUUUGAUAACAUAGAAACAUAGAAUGUGAUGGCAGAUAAGAACCAUUCAGCCCAUCUAGUCUGCCCAAUUUUCUAGCCUUAUCUUAUAGUUAGGAUAGCCUUAUGCCUAUCCCACGCAUGCUUAAACUCAUUUACUGUGAUAAAGUGCAAUAAUCAACUGUGCACAACCAGUAUAUAAAAUUUAUAUAUACUGGUUUUCCUCAAAAAUAAGACAUCCCUGAAAAUAAGACCGAGCUUUAUUUUUAGGGGAUGCUCGUAAGCCCUGCUCAAAAAUAAGCCCUAGUUGAGAUCGUCCCUAGUUCGCUAAUCUAUGAUCGGGAAAAGAUUUGCUGGAUUCCAUGCACUAGUCAGCAUAUCUAUGUUCUUGGAAGUUUUCCUGAACAUAGAUUCACAGGAUUCCAUGCACUAGUAAACUAAUAUAUAUUUAAGACCGGAAGUCUAAGAAUCUAAAGUGAUAGGGCAAUAGAGGGAGUAAAUAAAACAAAAUACAGGUAGUGCCAAAGAGAACAAGCAGGAUAAAAACACACACAAAAAAGUAGUCCUUGAUAUAGUCCAACAGUAAAAGAAUAAAAAAUACCAGGUAGCAAGACACAGUCUUAAAAGUAGUAACAUUCUAUCUUCCAAUAUUCAUAAAGUGCUUGCGGGACAACUUCGGUCAAUAGCAGCAUAUAAAAUAUACUAAGUAACACACGACAUAGUCUAAAAAUGCCAACUCACAACUGAUAGAGCUAUGACCAGCUCUGGAUAAAACAGCAUGCGAACCUAGUAACAUAUUUCCAUUCUAUUGAUGGCCUGUUUUUUUUAUUUCAAAUGGCCCAGAAAGCGCUCAAUGUGUCUUUAAAUCAUCUAAAUUCAAAUGAAAGGGGUAUCAUUUUAAAGGGACACCCCAGGCACCCAGACCACUUUAGCGCAGGUUCCCAGGAAAACAGGUUUGUGUUCCUGGCACUGGAGAGUCCCUUUAACUCACCAAAAUAGUAAAGAUGAAAUACAUUUUUUAGAUCUUCAGAUUUGUAUUAAGGAUGGCAACAUCAACACCAGAACCUUUUUUUUUUAAAAGUAUGUACAAAUACACUUAUAGAUCAGACCAGCUGUCAUGAUGCUCCCUGGCUGGAAAGUGUAUUUUGUUUUACUUGCCAAGUUCUUUUUAGGGUUUUAGAAGGAAUCCCCUGCGUUCAGGUGUGCUGCCUCUUCUAUCUAUUGUUUAGUUAUUCAGUGCUGCUCCAUCCCCCUUGCAAUAGAGGAAGUAGAAAGAACUAAGAUUAGAAAAAUUCUAAUUAGACAAUUCAUUACUUUCCCCGAAACAUAGAUUCACGGGAUUCCAUACACUGGUAAACUAAUCUAUGUUAAGAAUCCAAAGUGAUAGGGCAAAAGAGGGGGUAAAUGUAAGUAGAAAGUACUAAGAGUAGAAAAAUUCUAGUUAGAAAAUUCAUAGAUUUGCGGGAUUUUGUAAAUAGGUAUUUGAUGCUUGAAUCUUUUUUUCUAUCUGGUUUAUAGUUCAAUUUGUAGCAACAAAAGAAAAUGUGAUUUCCCCCAUCCUAAAGGCACAGGAAUAGAGAUAUUUCCUAAAGUAAUCACUUUGAUGUCCUAUCAGAAGAACAGUUAGCUGAUAGGAUGAAUAUUUAGAGAAAUAUAUAUAUAUAUAUAUAUAUAAAAAAACAAAAAUAGUAAUGCACUCCACCUUCCUUGAUGUACUUGCCUGGUGCUAAUCAGCAAACAGAUACAGCCAAAAGUACAAGAUAGCACUCCAGGGACUUCCAAGUCGAAUGAAUAAAACGUAGCUUUUAUUAGCUCAAAAUAAAAAUCAACGUUUCAGUCUGUGUCACAGACUUUCAACAGGAAAUAUAUAUAUAUAUAUAUAUAUAUAUAUAUACACACAUAUUGAAAUUCUAUGUAUAUAUUUAUGUAAUAUUUUUACAUAAUUAAGUAAUUUCAUUAAUUACAGUCUGAGGGACCUGCCUGACAAACCAGGCAGAAAGUCCACAGAAUUUGGUUCGCAGGCCCUAUAUUUAACCCUGUAACUUUCCAACACCCAAUAAAAUCUGUACGUGGGGGGUACAAUUGUAUCACGGGGGCGGGGCCUGUCUGCCGAGCUGAGCAGACACUAAGCAGAGCAGCUCCUGCUCACGGAGGCAAAAUUUGUGGCAUAACUGCUCCAAAAUUGUCUAUACUCGACAUAUUAGGCUGCCAAGCCAACGGUGACACUAAGGGGCAUCUAACAGUACCACACAUGCAGACCUACUGGCCAGAACCCCCCGACUGUACCAUGAGGCCUACAAGCAAGGCAGACGCGGGAGAGACGGCCUCUCUCCUGCUGCCCAACGAGACUGGAAGGCUGACUGCGGGCCCUUGUCCUCCCCCCUAUGGACUGGAGGGGGUUAUCCCGGUACCAGGAGGCUGCUUGCAUGCUUUAACACAACGAUCCCAGCGGCAACCCACUACUCCUGGCAUGGCGGAGCACUUACAUGGGCCUCCUGCAGAAGAGCAGCCACGCGCUACACGCGACAGUAUCAACGUCAUCUUCACAGCCUUUUGGCUCCGUCUGGAGAUGAGACUAAGAGGCUCUCCCCUGCCCACACAAAGCAACUCACCUGGCGAUGCAUUUUGCAGGACUGGCCCCCGGACACAUCAGGCAGUUAUUCAGGUGGCCACCACCACUGACCUGCACUACUGUCCCACUGACCAAAAGGUACCAACGGUGCACAGCUUACUCCGAGCGGCAUCCUCAGAAGCACAUGGGUAUGCGGGGUCUCCGUGACUUAUGUUUUUGAUUUUCUUAGUUACUCCUAAACGACAUAGGUCAGCACAGUUCCUAGCUUACCUAGUCUUAUGCUGACACACCCGACUAAUCACACCCAGCUAUGUUUUUCCUUCUGAUGUGCACCUAGUUUGCUAGCUCUAACAUACUGCAAAACUGUGCAGCUUGAACGUACAUCCCCUUCAGCAACUUGUUUUUUUUUCUUCAGUAUGCCUAACGAGUACAAUACUAUCACAGACCAUAAGACAAGCUAGUUUCACAUAACAUGGUCUAUCUCUCCACUGUCUAACCUUUUUUUUUUUUAUUAUUAUUCUAACAAUGUGCACAGUAUAAUCAGAUGCCCUGUCACAUUUAUAUUGCCUACUACCAUAGCAUAGCAUGUUUGCCAUACUAUCUAUAUUACAUGUACAGCUCAGAACCAAACUCUUUAAUGCUGGGACAUGUCAGAUAGUUUAAGCCUGUUUUUUUUUUUAUUUUAUUUUUUUUAUAUAUAAGCAAAGGAGCACUGCUCCACUAAAAAGUCAGUACCCCCACAGUAACAAACGUGGACGAGGCCUUAGAAGUUGCCUAACUACUGUCAUGCUAAAUUUACAUAAUGGUUCUAUGUACCUAGCUAACAUGAGAAGGCAAUGUUCUUUAAAACAUAAAAUGAAGCAGACGCUCAUGUGGAAAUAUAUCGAUGUUAUUAUUUACUGUAUUCAUGUGCUUAUUCACUGAUAUAUCACAAACACUGAGCAAAAUUAGCAUUAAAAUUAUUUUUUUUGCAAUUUUCACACACAAACAAAUAUGAACGCUAACUUUGGCCAGUGUUUGUGACUAAGUGGCUACUAAAAAAGACUGGACAUACCCAAUUUGUAAUGCCUUGGGUUGUCUACUAUUGCAAAUGGUAUGCCAUCAUGGGGGUAAUUCUCAUUCUUGGGCUACCAUUUGAUCUCAAAGGAAACAUAACCAGUCUGGCAAAUUUCAAUGUGUAUAAACUGAAAAAUGUAAUGUGCUAUAUUUGACAAUGUAACUCUCCAAAACACCAUAAAACCUGUGCAUUUAGAGUACUUUUUUUUUUUACUCGUGAGACAAGAAGAUGAGAAGGAAUCAAGAUGACUCGCUAGCAUAUUGGGAAACUUGAAGAAUAUUACAAGUACAAUUCUGUUUCGCCAUGCUAUAAAGUCUGCAUAGGUAAAAUAUAAUCAUGGUCCCACUUGGUUUAAAAGCGAAGACCAAAUGCGCUCUGUAAAUGUGAUUAAAUAUUUCUUCUUACUUCCACAGUGCACUAGACAGAGUCGGGAGGCAAUUAGCAAUUAUUGGAGAUGAUAUUAAUGACCGCUACGAGGCUGACUUCAACAACAUGCUGCGUAACCUAAAUCCCAAUCUGGAUAAUGCUUAUGACUAUUUCAAGAAGAUUGCAUCCAGGUAAUAUAUUUUUUAAUAAUUCUUUAUUUUUGCAGUGCAGGUAACUACAGACAAGCUUGUCAUGCCACGACAGCAUCGACAGGCGUUCAGUAUCAUACAUGUUGGUACAUAAGCAUGACAUGUAAAAAUACAUUGCACUAUUUUAAAGUAAAAUAAGGUGAUUUUAAACAAGAUAUUUCAGACAGGUCUAGAAUUAACUCUAAAACAAAAUCAAAUAAACUGCAGGUUAUGGACAAGCAGGCAUUGAAAACUAGAAUAAACUUUAAUUGGCAGAAGGCAGAAGUCUGCACUGAUAGAUUAGACUGAGUAUAACGACCUAAGUAGGUUAGAUUAUGCAAAGUUAGAUAACAAGGCUUGUAUAAAACCACAACAUCUAUGAUUGCAUUCAGGUAAUAAUUAGCAAUAUUGAAUUGAUCAUGCUGGCAGAAGAGUGCAGGAUCAUAUCAAUUCUUAUAAUACAUCACUAUGAAAUGUACAAAAAGAAGGGCAACUGUUUUUUUUUUUCCUAUUAAUAUUAAGAAAGGUUUGGACAGUAUUAGAUUGAAAUUUGCAUUAACGCUUAUGUUGAUUAAAACUUCUACUUCCUCAAAAAAAAAUCAAUGCAAAGGGGGCAAGAAAUUUUUGGGGAAGUACAUAUAAUAAAAUAAAGUCAGAGCAUUUGAAUAAUACACAUUAAUACUCCGUUUUAUUAAUACACAGAAUAGAUAGCAAUGCAGUAACAUGCAAAUUGGGUGUGAGCAGUCCAACCAAAAUAAUAGCAUGCUCAGCCAGAUUUAUGUUUUGAAGAAUUGUUUAUGCUUUAUUUCCGUAAAGCGGCACUGUCAUGCCGAACUUAACUUUCUUUAAUCGAUUCCUUUUCUCUCCCUCUCUCAGGAUCUGUUCUUCAUUUCUUCCUGCCUGCUCUAGUUUUCCUUAAAACAAGUAGGGACUAUUUGUCUUAUGGAGGUUUCCUGACCCUCUCUGACCAGCAGAGGGGCAAAGUGUGCUUCAUUUCCAGUGGUCAGAGAAAUUUUCACACAAUUCUUAGCUUUCCUCCCUGUUCCCGCGAUGCUUCCUUUCACUUUUCCUGAACGUCCUGUCACUUAGACAGAACGCCGGCAAAACUACCGAAUUGCGUCCUAACAGAAUGAGAACAGUUUGUUCAUUCAUGUUAGGACGCAAUUCGGGACUUUGUUCAUUUCGAAUUUGAAUGAAUGAAACUCCGAUCCAAUUCGUGCCGCGGCUACAUCUACAUCCCACGGUAUUAGGGAGCCAUCUACCAAAAGGCUGAAAGAACUUAAUUGGUCUUUCAGACAAAUUUACUAAUACGAAGUAAAACUUCGUAUUAGUAAAUUCUGCCCCUACUCGCUAUAAUGGAUGAUGGAUUCAUUUUUUUAGCGUCGGGUUUUUUCUUUGUCGGAUUUUUAUUUGUGCUUGGGUUUUUUAUUUUAUUUUUUACAAGUUCGAUGGGUAUUAUGGUUUUUAUUUGGCCUUUUUUGGGGCUGAAAAAUUAAGAUUUUAGAAAAAGAAGACAUCAAAUGGUAAGUUUUUUUUUAAUUUUUUUUUUACAGGUACUUAGUUCUUUUAUUCCCCCCUCACUGUUUUUAGGGUGAGGGGUGUAGGUAGGGGAUUAUUAAUUUUUUAUUUGGGUGGGGAGUUACUAGGGGCUUGGGUACCCCUAGUCAACUUGGGGUGUUAUUUUCAUUUAGGGCCCCCACCUGCCGCUCAGGGGUAUGAGCCGGGGGGGGAGGACAAUAGCCCCCCCCCAUUAUCCUUUAGGGCCCCCACCCGCCGCUCAGGGGUGGGGAUGGGGAGAGGACAAUAGGUGUCCCCCUCUCAUUACCAUUUAGGGCCCCCACCCAUCGCUCAGGGGUGGGGCCGGGUAGAAGGGCAAUAGGUCCCCCCUUAUUGUUAUUUAUGGCCCCCACUCGCCGCUCAGGGGUGGGGGCCGGGGAAGAGAACAAUAGGUCCCCCCCAUAUUCUCAUUUAGGGCCCCCAUCCGCUGCUCAGGGGUGGGGGCUGGGGGGUUCUAGGUCCCCUCUUCAGUUUAAUAGCCCCCACUCGCAGGGUACAGGCUGCUCACUGUUUAGUAGACAUGCCCCUACUCGCGGCACAGCGAAUAGAGAAAUUCGGGAGAUUUCAAUCUCCCUUAUGCUAUUAUGACCCCCUUAGAGUGAGGGAGGACAUGGAGGGCUUAGGAAGUGGCGGAGAGCACUGCUCCCUGACGCUUCUUUUUUUUUUUUUACAUUGUACAAGGAGGGAACUGCGUGCCAGUAGCUCCCUCCUUGUAAUAAACUGAACGAACAAACACCGAUAUUCAGUGUUUGUUUGUUCGUGUGACAUUUCAGAAAGACGAAUGAAUGAAUAGAUGAAAUUCCCGUUCGCAUGGGCAUGUGCAGGAAUUUCACAGCACUAUCUAGUGUGGGCAUAUGACGUGUCUCACAGGGACUUCAUCUACCCACACAAAGAUGGCGGAGCCCAGGACCUAGGUCCAGGAAGAUAAUAAAGAUAAAAAAUAGGUGAUAUGGGGGCUUAGGGGCAUUUGGGGGUGACUUGGGGGGUCAAUUAGUAGUAGUGGAGAUGGCAGGGGGUUAAAAAAGAAAAAAACGGGAUUCAGCCAUGACCGUGCCGUUUUAAUAGUGGUAUCGAUGUAUCAGUUCACACAGUAACUUUCAUCAGAAUGAAAUUAAGUAAUUAGUCAUCCUGCAGCAUAUACAUUAUACAUACUGCAGGGCAUACAUAUUUUCAUUAACAUGAUCAAAUUUAUGUGCUGGAAAAUAUGGUACGUACUUUUUUUUUUUUCAAGAAUUGGGAGCUGCUAAUGAUUGUUUCAGAGCGUCAGCUGAACAGCUCUUUCUGAAACUCUGUUGAAUAAACUGGAUGCACAGGGAGAUCCAAUGCUGGAGUGCAACCUUUGGGGUUAAACCUUUUCAAAUAUCGUUUAACUGCUUCAGGUAAGAAAGCACCAGGGGUCUCUUGGCACCAUAAUAACGUCAUUUUUAUGAAGUUGUUAUGGUGCCCAUACAGUACCUUUAAAUCUUAGGUAAACAAGCAGUGUAAGUAGUGAUUUAAGGCAAUUCUGCUCCGUCAGCUUUUUUGUCUACAUUUUCCUUUCAUUUGAUCCACACACACUACACAUACUACAAAUACAUGAAAAUAUUCCACACUGUACAAUAAUGUUUGAUUGUGUUGUCCUGUGUGAAGGCCUUGUGCUUAUUCAGUAAGUGGAGUUUUUUUUGUUUUUAAUACACUUUAUGUGCUCCAACAGUUGUGUGUCAAUAGUAUGUUGUGUUUAGGGAUACCAUGUAACUCUCUGUAUUCUUUCCUCCUAUUAUUUGCCAUCCUUACGGGCAGGUCUCAAGCUUUAGCCUAAGGUAAUUUCACUUCUAAGGGUUACCAGUAUUUAUUAAUUAAUUUAUUUUUUAUUACUAUUCCUAGAGUCUUUAGUCAUUUCCUUAAUUCUUAUUACAAUUUACAUUGAUUAUUUACCAUUUGUCAGAAUUAUGUUGCUUUGGGGUCUUUUUUCUAGUUGUUUAGCCACACAAACUAAUUUUCCUGUUGUUAAUAAUGUAUAUUUUAACAGUAAACUUUGUGUUAGCCCAUUUUUGUGCUUUAUUUGGGUAAAUUUUUUCUGCUUCUCUCAUCUGCUUUAAUCUUCCAUUACCAGUGGUUCUCAAAUGUCUUUUUUUAUUUUGUAUUUAUUUUUUACUGUAGUGUCUCUGAACAGGGUGGCCAUUAGAAAAAUACAUUAACAAAUAUUUAUUGCUGUUUUUAUCCAGUAUAGAUUGUGGCAGAUUUAUGCUCGUGUGCUUGCUACACUUGAAAUCUGCUUCAACGUGCAGUUUGUAUAAACUAGUUUUCAGUCGUCUUCAUGGUGUAUUCCUUGGGUUUUUCAGGCAAUCUUAUCAUUCAAGAACUCUGCUUACCAUAGCUUUAAAGGUUUUUAAAAGUAAUGGUGGUGUGAACGUCUAAAGCUUAAAGGACCACUCUAGGCACCCAGACCACUUCAGCUUAAUGAAGUGGUCUGGGUGCCUGGUCCCUCUAGGGUUAACCCAUUUUUUUUUAUAAACAGCAGUUUCAGAGAAACUGCUAUGUUUAUAAAUGUGUUAAUCCAGCCCUCAAAUCCUCUAGUGGCUGUCUCAUUGACAACUGCUAGAGGCGCUUGCGUGAUUCUUACUGUGAAAAUCACAGUGAGAAGACGCCAGCGUCCAUAGGAAAGCAUUAUGAAUGCUUUCCUAUGAGACCGGCUGAAUGCGCGCGCAUUCAGCCGAAAGGGAGGAGAGGAAGAGGAUUGGAGGCGGAGAGCUCCCCGCCCGGCGCUGGAGAAAGGUAAGUUUUAACCCUUUCCUCUCCCCAGAGCCCGGCGGGAGGGGGACCCUGAGGGUGGGGGCACCCUCAGGGCACUUUAGUGCCAGGAAAACGAGUAUGUUUUCCUGGCACUAUAGUGGUCCUUUAACUACUGUAUGUAACCUUGUUCAAUUCCUCUUACCCUCAUAAAAAAGUAAAUAAAAUCCAACUACAAAUUCAAAGGAAAGUUUACAAUAAACCCCUAUCCUGUGUAUGUGUUUAUUGGACGGGUCUCACAGCUAUGAUGGGUUUUUUUCAGGUGCCAUCUUCUUUGUUUAGACAACACUUGUCUUAGAUCAGAGCUGGCUAGACCACUUGUAAAAUGAGAGAUUGUUUGAGCAGCUUAAGGUUAGAAAAGUUUAUUCUCUUUUUUUAUUGUUUAAUUUAUGAUUUACUUGUUAUAAUAGUGUUAAAAAGACAAAACAAAAUAAAAAUACUGUGUCACAAAUAACUGCCUAAUUUUUUUUCUUUCUCUCUAAGUAUUUUUGAAACUGGCGUAAACUGGGGUCGUAUUUUUGCUCUCCUCGGCUUUGGGUACAGGAUGGCUGUUUAUGUUUUCCGCAAUGGACAGCAUGGCUUUUUCAGAACAGUCGGUCAAUAUAUGGCUAGAUAUGUGAUUGAGAGCAGCAUUGGUCGUUGGCUAGUGAGAGAAGGAGGCUGGGUAAGUAAAUGUAACAAUAGCAAUGAAAAGCCAAUUCUGUAAUAGUGACAGCAAAUGCAAAAUGCUGAAACAUUGGGAUAACAAAAAGUUACGCUUUAUCAAAAAGCAUUGAGAAAGGGGAUAGAUCAAAAUGAAAGUUAUUACUGGCAUUUAUAAAGCACCAAUGAAAGUGUAAUAUACAUAGACCAAAAACAAAAGAUAAAGAGGGCCCUGCCUAUAUGCUGAGAUUUGAAUAUAAAUGCUGGAUUGAAAACCAUGUUAAAUGUUGACAGAAACAUAUUGUCAAAUAUAAAAAUUAUUUUGAAACUCAAUAUAUUCAGAUGGUCUUUUCAAUAAACAUACUUUUUUUUCUUCACUUAGGCUGCAGUUCUUAAAUUAACAAACAACAGCAUCAAAUAUGUUCUCAUGGCACUGGGGACUGUUCUGAUCUUGCAGUUCUUAUUUCGACAUACCUCCUGACCUUUCCCUUGGAAAUUUCCAGCCUACAAGAAAAUUAGGGAAACUUUGCAAUAUCUGGCCAUUUGGAAUAAAUGUCACAGCGCAUGACCUUGAAGAGUUUGCCCUUGGAGGAAUGACCUUGUUUGUCCACAUGCCAUUUUACAUGUGUUUUACUUAAUCCCUGAAUUAUUAAAUAAUUGUAUAACUGCUUAAAGAAACACUUAAAGGAACAACCCAUCACCCUAUGAAGAAACCAUUUGUUUAAACUCCUGUUUUCUCCCACGCUGCGCUGAAUUUGGCAAAAAUGCAGUGCUGCGCCAGUCAGCAUCUCCUAAUAGAGAUGUAUUGAGUGUAUGCAUCUCUAUGGGGAAUGUUCAGCACCUCCAUGCAGAGCAUGAAGCACCUCUAGGCACCAAUGUAAACACUUCCUGUUCUCUGGAAAGGAAAUGUUUAUAUUAAAAAGCCUGCAUGGACAAUAAGUUCUAGUGGUUCUGGUGACCAUAGUGUUCCUUUAAGGAAUCAGAUUCUAGUAUACCACUGAAAAUUCUCAAUCUUUUAAACUUUUAAAGGGCAUUGUAAGUCAAAUCCGCAAUGUGACUGCUUUUAAUUCACCAGUCUCAGGAAGAAAAUGAUUAAUUGUGAAAGGAUGUCAAUGGAGUGUCUCAGCACAUCACUCUCGGCACAUUACUGGUACAGAUACUGCAAUAAAUAUGAAAUGGUUCCUUUUUUUACAAAUCCAUGUCUAAUGCCUGUCUUUAUUUAUCUGUUUUUCUGUUUGUUUUUUACUCCCUGUAUCCAUGUUUCUUUUCCUGUGCCACUUAAAGGGUUACAGUAACCACCAUGAUCACUUCAGUGAUUUGAGGUGUGAAAUGGAGUUAUUUUUAAUUUGUGCUGAGGGCUAGUUUAACCCACAGAACAUGUGAAUUAGGCAGCCCAGAACUCUGUUCUAAGCCCUUCUAAUAUCAACUCUGUGCAAAUAUUACAUCUGCACUGAAAGCAGACUUACAAAAAAAAAAAAAAAAAAUAUAUAUAUAUAUAUAUAUAUGCCUGCUACCUUCACUCUCCUUCUCCAUACACCCAUCUCGAUCCCUCUCCACUUGCUGGCUCAGAUUGUGCACAUGCGCUCUGAGCCAGUUAAACGGUGCAAUCACAGGCUUUUAUAUGAGAAGUCUAUGAUUAGACCGUGUAUCGGUGAAUGUGUGUUUUUAUGGCAGUGUUUGUGUGUGUCUGAUUAGAUGACCGGCCUUCUCCGAUCGCAUGGCAAAGGUGUUUUUACUCACCCUUUUUUUCAAUGCCGCGCCGUUCUCGCCAUUGCGGUUCCCACCUCCAUAGCUAAGAUAAUCAAUCUUAAUGAUGCUAUUGCGCAUACGCUGAUAAACAUCUUCUCAUAGAGAUGCAUUGAAUCAUGUGGAAACACGGCAGGUAUGACUUUGCUGCUGCUGCACACUUAGCAGCAUUCUCCACCGAUAGAUUGAUCUGCCGCCUUUGUGUCCUAAAUGGAAGAAAGGCAUAGUGGUAAUUAGUUGUAUUCCAUAAUUUCAAACGCCUAACUUACAGCCUUAACUAGUUCUACUUUCAAUGGUGAAACAGAUCAGUACAGAGAGGCCAUAGCUUCUCCGUAUUCCACUACAUUAUCUUCCAUGGUCAGAAUAUUGUUGCAUGUCUGCUUUAAACUAGUAGUGGAGACAUUGAGUAGAUUUCAAUGUUUUGUUCUCUCUCAUUUUGUGUUCCAUACCUGACCUUGAUCUUCCACUUCUGUUGUUGUAGUUGUAGUAGUAGUAGUAGUAGUAGUAGUAGUAGUAGUACUAGUGAACACUUUCUCUUGCUGUCUUCUUAGAAUGAACCUCGGUGCUGGGAAAAGCAAAGAGCAGGUUAUCAUUGGGCUGAAUGCAGAAGAAACUGUGUGAAUGCUGUAGAGGUUAAAAGCAGUUAGUGAACAGUCUUCUUAAAGGACCACAAUAGGCACCCAGACCACUUCCACUCAAUGAAGUGGCCUGGGUGCCAGGUCCCCCUAGUUUUAACCCUGCAGCUGAAAACAUAGCAGUUUCAAAGAAACUGCUAUGUUUACAUUGAGGGUUACUCCAGCCCCUAGUGGCCGCUUCCGCAAUCCUUAAUGCGAAAAUUGCAUUGAACUCACACUGGACGUCCAUAGGAAAGCAUUGAGUAAUGCUUUCCUAUGGUUGGUUUGAAUGCGCGUGACUCUGGAGGAGAGGUCACCAGCGCCGAGGGAGCCCGGCCCCGGAUUAAGGUAAGUGGCUAUAGGGGUUUUAACCUCUUCAGCCCAGCAAGAGGGGGGCUCAGAGGGAAGGACAGCACUGUAUUUCUUCGGAUAUAGUGUUUUCCUGACACUAUAGUGUUCCUUUAAACAAUAUAUAGUGUUUUCCUGGCACUAUAGUAUUCCAUUAAACAAAAUAUGGGCGGAACCAGUCUGAUAUGCUUCAUAUAUGUUCUCUCUGUAAUGGCACAAGUAAGCAAAAACUAUUUUGAGACCUGAGCGAGGAUGUACCUAAGGGCAAGCUGUUGAAGCACUCUAAGCUUUUGCCCAUUCUCAGAGUUCUAAUUCUUUCUUUAAGCCUAGCUUUUAGUCUUAACUAAUUCUACUUUCAAUGAUGAAACACAGGAUCAGUACAAGGAAGCCAUGGUUUCUUCGGAUUCCACUCCAUUAUCUCCUGUUGGUCAUAUUAUUGUUGCAGACUUUGAUGUUUUGUUCUCUCUCAUUUUGUGUUACAGUUUCCAUACUGACCCUGAUCUUCCGUAGUAGUGCUAAUAAACACUUUCUCUUACUGUCUUCUUAAGAAGGGAGGGGAGAAGCAAUUACAUUGUUUGCCAGUUUGCAAUGCAUUUUGACAACAGACAUAAUUUAUGCACAGAAUUAAGGUCACGUAUGCUGGGGGUGAAACUUGCCUCAGCACACAAUUUAAUAUAUCUCUGGCUGUGGAAUGUUUCAAACUGAAACACUGCACAUCCAGACUCCUACCACCAUGACCACUUAAAAAAGCAGAAGUAGUCAUGGUGGUUGGAGUAACCCUUUAAUUGCCUUCUACAAAGAAAUAAGUAGAAGUAUAAAUCAGAUUGUAAGCUUGUUUGAGCAGGGUCCUCAACUACCUAUUGUUCCUGUUACAUUUUGUUAUUGUCUGAUUUGGUAAAUUCCCCUCUUAUUGUAAAGCGCUGCGGAAUAAGCUGGCGCUGUAUAAAUAACAAAGAACAAUAAAAGGUAAGCGCUAAUUCACAAACAAUAUGUAAGUAGGCAGCAACCUUAAAGGACC